GUGAUUACAUCUUAUCGUAUUAGUCCACCUUGACGUAAACCGCGAACUAAGAUGUACCUUGGGUAACACUUGGCUUAUCAGUUGAUUGAAAACAUUACUGCAGUUGAAAUUGCCGCUAGGUUCGCCGUCUACCCGAUAGAGGACCAGGAAUAUUAUUUGUAUGUAUUUUAAUGGUAAUAUGACUAAAAUUAUGGAAGUCUUCUAUUUAUUUUGUUGUUAAAGUGCAUUUAAAAUGAUACACCUUUGAAAAAAAAUCAUGUUGUAUUUAUAAAUACAUACUAUAAUAGUAUAAAAUAGUUAUUUAUAAUAUUAUUCAUGUAUAAUCUAAUAUACCUAUGUGUCAAUAGGUAACUUUUGCUUGAACAAUUUGAUACGUUUAUUAUUAGGUAGUAUUCGUAAUUACUUUUGUUAAUAGGUAAUAAUAAUACCUUUGUUAAUAAUUUAAUUGUAUUAUAGCCUAAAAUUUGUUUUUAAAAAGUUUUUAAUUUUUUGAUUUGACACUUGGUUAUUACUUAUUAUAUUUUCUACAGGCAAAAAUCAUUCUAGUAUUUAAAAUUAAAUGUAUAGUUAUAGGUAGAUGGAUUAAUCUUUCAAGAUAUCGGGUUCGGGUAUUGAGUUGACCGUGCGGAUCAUGAAUAUGAACUUAUUUCAUACAUUCUGCAAUUUAUUUAUUUAAAUAGUAGAAUGAAUUUGGCCUGUAGAAAAUAUAACUAAGUUAGACCAAAAAAAAAAAAUGAAAAACCUUUUAAAAAAAAUUCUAGACUAUAAUAAAAUGUAUAAUAAUGUAAUUAUAUUUUUAACAAGAUUAUUAUUAUUAUUAUACUUAAAGGUAAUUACGAGUACUACCUCCUAAUAAUAAUCAUAUCAAAUUGUUCAAGCAAUAGUUUAUCUAUUGACACAUACCAGGUAGGUACCUAUAUUAUAUAUUCAUGAAUAAUAUCAUAAAUAACUAUUUUAUGCUAUUAUAUUAUGUAUUUAUAUGAAUUAAUAAAUAUAGCGUAAUUCAUCUUCAGAGGUGUAUCAUUUUAACUGCACUUUUACAACAAAAAAAAUAUAGAAAACUUCCAUAAUUUAAGCCAUAUUGCCACAGACUAUAUGGAACCAGAUGGUGAACUUCUCCAUUUACUGAUAACAUAAGCCUAUCUCAAUGCAGUAGGGUGACCGCAUAGGAGAAAUAAAUCCAUGUAUAUCUUUUGCCAUAAUUUUUAAUCAUUUCAAAUAUUUCUUGACAAGUGUAUUUUAAAUAUUUUAAAAAUAAUUUUUUUUUGGUACUUUAUUCCAGAAUACUAAAUAGUUUUUUCUCUUUUUGUAUUCAAUUUACACAUCAAGAAGAAGUGACUGUUUACACAAUUUAAAAAUAUUAUUUUCCUGUUACACCACAAAGAAAGAGGAUAAAAAUUAUUAUAAAAAAAAAAACAAAUUUUAGUUCGUGGUAGUGGGUGUUAGCCCGUUUAUUAAAAUGUUCUUCUUAAAUUCAAUAGUAAGAACAGGAAUUCAACGCGAGUACAACGGUUGAAGUGCACGAAAAAAGUCAGUUAAUAGUGGUACAUAGUGGUGGAGCAAAAAAAAUCAUAUUUGAAAUAAACGUAGCUUUGGGAAGGGAUAUCGCACAAUAUUUUCGAACCUCUCAUUGUAUAGAACAUGAUAGGACGUUUAGGUGUAAUGGUGCUUUGGAGUGUUCAACACCAUGCGUUCACCGUGGAGACGUUUUUCCGUAAAAAUGACUUAAUCGUGGCUACAAGACGUGCAUUCCGCACGUAGUUCGGUCUCCGACCUUUGCGUGCAGUCAUUCCGAUCAAUUUUAAAGCGUGUUAAGGAUUUUUGGGAACAUGGUAACGUGGCCCUAAAGAUUUCUAGACGUGUUCCAUAGUUAGAAUAAUUGGGCCUUAUGUUUUUGAAAAUUAAUUAUGACAGGAAGUGACUUCUGAGCGUCACGUGACUAGGCUCUAAGGUUUUUUCAUUUCUUGUAUAGAGGAAAACGAAAUGCACACAAAAAACAUCUGGUUCCUACAAGAUGGUGCUGUGCAUACUUAGUGCGGAUUUAAAUGAGAUCCAUUGAUAUUCUCAACAGUGGAAAAAUUGAACGGAUGAGAUGCACCCAUUCAACUUUUUCCAGACGUCAGGUCUCUCGAAAUGAUGACGUUUCACAGCCACCUUGCUCACCCGAUCUUACUCCCUACGAUCUUCCUGUGUGGGCAUCUGUAGUUAAAAGUUUAUGUUAAUAAACCACAAACCUUUCUCGAUUUAUAGGAGGCAAUUAGAAGUGAAAUUUUAUUAAUUCCAGUGGAAAUUUUGAAGAAAAUAAUAAGAAUCCUUACUUAGCGCCUCUAAGAAUGCACCGCCAUGCACGGAUGCCAUCUGUCGGACAUUUUGUGUCACACAUAUCAUUUUUUUUCAUACUUCACAAAAGUUCCCUAAAUUUGUAAAAAUUUGUUUUUUUUUUCAUCUUUCUACCUUAAAAAUUAAAAUUAUAGUAUCAAUUUAAAAAAAUGUGGUAUUUUUUGCUCCGCCAUUCUGUAUUAUGGAGGUACCUAUUUUUUAUAUUUCCUCUCAGAUCUAAUACAUUCAAGUGUUUUUUAUUUUGUGGGUAACAAUAACGAGUGUAAUUAUUUAAAAAUGUGACGUAUUUUCAAAAAAAAAAUCAAUAAAUUAGUACUUAGGUAUGUACAUUUUUUCUUACACCGUAUCCAUAAGUACUUAAUGCGUCUCAUCGAAAGAAAUAGUGAGAUAGUUUUAUUAUGUGGUAUUUACAAAUGAAAAAAAAGUAUCACAUUUUUAUUUAAAAAAACUACUAUAUAGUAAUAUACAGGUAGGUACCUUAUUUUAUACCUAUAUUAUAAAAUAUUAAAACAUAAGGCAUUUGAUGUACAAAUAUCAUAAAAUUCAAUAUUAUUUAUUAUAUAGCUUUAUAACAACUUAAACAAACCUAAUAGGUAUUCCAUAAAAUAUCAUAAUAUAUAGAUAAUGUGUUCGUCAUUUGUCUAAAAAAUCAUUCAUUAAAGGCAGUGUCGGCCUGGUCAUCGAAGGGCCUAGGCAGGAUUUUUUUUUAGAGGCCCAACUCGACCAACCUGACCUCUCGAGCAUUAUUGUUUUCAUUAUUCAUAUUUAUGUUAAGUAGAUAAAUUGAGUAAUCAGAUAUAGUUCAUUCAAUUUUUAAUUUUUAAGAGUUAAUAAAAAUUGUAAUUUAUUACAAAUUAAAAUUUGUAUACCUGUACCUUUAUAUAUAUUACCUUUGGUAUAAAAGUUAUUAUUAAAAAUACGUCCUAGGAUAAUGGGGACGGGUGCAGUCACUGAUAUAGUUAAUUUAAUGUAUACCUGCAAGCAACUAUAAACCAUUGCUAACGAAAAAACGAUUCUGAUCGCAGUUCAGUUGAUAGUUAUGGUUUGUCAACAAUAUAUAUGUCAUAUUAAAGUAAAAUAAUUAAUUAAGCUUUAUAUAUUUUCUUUAAUAAUAUUCGUUUAAUGUUCAACCGAUUUUACCAUAUUUUUUCCCGGUUAUUCAUAUUUGCUGGAAAAACUAUUGGGAAAAUCGAAAAAUAAACUCCCUAGUGUACCUCCCCAGUCGAAUUUCCUUUUAGAAAAAUUACAAUAUAUAAGUGUUGAUAUUACAAUAAUAUUAUCGUAAAUGGAAAAAACAAAUAGUGCAUGGAAUCUAUAAUACGGACUAUAUAACGAUAUAAUCAGUUAUAUUAUGAGAACGGACAGCUUAUUUCCAAAAUUAUUGUCGAAAUAUAUUACAUUUGCACGCCGCCGGACGAUUCUUCGGUGUUUGUAUUAUUGAGGUACCUAUAUUUUUCCAAACCACGAGAUUUUAUGUUAUUUUAUCUUUAUAUUUAUCUUUGAUGAACUUUGUAUCAAACCAGAGACUUUUUUUUCGUUUCAUUUCGAAACUGUUUGGCGAUAAAUUGAUAGCGUUCCGAGUUUUAUUUUUACACAUCAUUUUAUUUAAAUUACUAACCGUUCGUUACUUUCUGGAGACUAUUGAAACCCGUGAUAUAUAUUUUAGCAACGAAGGAGAUCUCUUGAGAAAUGUUUACUGUGCGGGAAUGCCGUCCCCAUCGCUCCACGUUGUUUCGGCGCCCCCGUAUUACUAUAUAACGUAGUUUCGUCUCGCCAACAGGCGGCGCGAUGGAAAAACCGGCGGCGUGGGUGUCGCGCCAGACCGGAUCGUUCAGUACCGUGUACCGCGCGAGGGAACGACAACGCAAGUACACGCAGUCAGUGCAACGCCACGCGCCGAACAGCCGUCGACGUCACCACCGUUGCCAUCGUGUUUUUCCAGUCGUCUUUCGCGACACAAGUAUUGCAUUACACCGUCGCACACCGACAUAGCAAACAACUAGGUGAGUCAUCGUCAGUAAUAUUAUUUAUCCUCUCCCAUCGAAGUCACAUCGUCGUUCUAACCUGAACAAACGCGAGCUAAUCCCCGCGACGAUGUUUAUACAACCGCUUUCAAAAAUACAUAGGCAAUUCGAUAUAUUUAUGUAUACCUAUGUGUACAUUCAAUAUAUUGACAGUUAAUUUGGCGGAAAACUGGGCAGGGGGGGGACGACGAUUCAUCCAUUGACAACCCCCGCCUUUUCCACUUUCCUCCUCCACGAAACCGUCAGUGGGUUCAAGUCCCGGCAACUUGAAAAUCCCACACACACCUAUCACCAAACCUAACCUAACCUCAUCCAUCCUUUGCCCCGUCGUAAAUGAUUCGUGUACUAUGUUUAUUAUAAUUUUAUAUAUUUCUAUUAAGAGGCAUUUUUUUCCGAUAAUAAUGUGAGAUCGUAUAAUUUCACCGCUGGUAUAACGGACAAUCCCGAUGUCACCAAGGGCCGUGCAACAGUUGUAUGAGCCUAUAUGGUGUGAUGUCAACCACACCGCACAUUUAUCGUCAUUAACUUCUAUUAUCAAUGCGCUCCGUUGUUACGCCCACCUUCGCGGCCGAUUCAACAGAUAGCGAAAGCUCGGAAUAACCGCGGUUAAUACGCAGGUGAUAAAAUAAUAAUAAACAGCACCGAUUUCGCAGGAUAACUUACGACCACCGGCGGCGGCAUCGUCCGUCGUGUCUCGUCGCGUCACCCGAUCAAAUUUAUCCAUUGGUCGGUAGGCGGAGCUUUGUGGGAGACGCGUGCCACCGCCGCCGCCGCCGCCGCCGUUUCUCGCCUGUUUGACGUACGCUAUCCGCGGUACGGCAUUACAUGGACCGAAAUUUGCCGCCUCUAUAUUCUAAAUUUAAAUUGCCUACCAGGGCCCGAUUGACCGAAAUUAGGGUUAAGCGAACAAUCUAAAUCUGAGCCAUAGUCUAUAUUAUAUUUACAUUAUUUUAGAGUACUCUGUACAAAUAAUGCCUAAUUUCACUUUGUAAAAUAAUCUUCAAUAUGAUUCACUGAGUUUUUUCAAUAUACCUUACUGUUACUUAUACAGUUGUUUUGUGUUAUUUCAUUGUGCUUCAUAGAAAUAUUAAAUCUCAACUCCACUUUUAACAAAUUAUAUCUGUUUAAUUUUUAUAAAAUAAGUUUAGAGAAUGUAAAUAGCACAGCAUUAUUUUCAAUCCCUCCACCUGUAAAAUAUUGUACAUACAAAGCUGUUUCAUUAUUUUAUUAUAAACAAACUGUACAUAAAUGAUCGAAUUAUGAAACAAUCGUAUAAAUGUGUCAAAAACGUGUGUCCGUCUUGUUUUAUACACUAAUCUAAACUUUUAAGUUAGGAGUAUGGUCGACGCACAACCACAAUAAUAUUAGUAAAUUCACUGCACGCUAUUUAUAGUUUUUAAAAUUCGUUUUUUUUUUAAUUUGUGUUUUAAAUUAUUUUAUUUCAUUACUAUUACACCGUAAUGUAUUGUUUUUUUUUUUUUUUUGAAUAAUAUGAAUAAUCAAAUAGGGAAAUAAGCCUAUUGUUGGUGUUGUCGGUGCUCGUUAAGUAAACACAUAUUGGGGACCUCAGUGAUCGACACUCCAAAUCUUCCCGAUAGUUUCAUUACUGCCUAAAGUGUGUUAUAAAUUGGUUUUCCCGAAAGACCGUUACACUCUACACUGCAAUAGUUCAGUUUUCCAAACUACAUUUGGAUGGUGAAAAACCACCUCAAAUUAUAUUUUUAUGGAGCACUGAUAUUAAUAUGAUAAUAAUCACUUUCUCGAUAGUCCUUAUGUUAAAGUGUUAACUAAAGCAAUCAUAUUUCAGUUAUCAUACAAUUUUAAAAAUGUACCUAUGUAUGUUGAAAUGUAACACGGAGCGCUGUUUAUGCAAUAUUAAUACAAGCGUGUGUGGCAGUACCAAAAAUCAUUGGUCAAUAUUACGCUCGAUAAUAUUAAGUUAUUGUUAUUUUAUACAUUCAUAUCCGAUUAUUAGUUUCUUAGUAAUAAUAGCCAUUUUCAUUUCUAGAAAUUUGGCGUGAAAACAAUUUAUUUUCAAUAGAAAUAAUUUUCUGCGAUAAGGAAUUGCAUUCAGUAUGGAAAUUAAAAUUGUCUAUUGAAUAUAAUUGUUUUCACGUCUAUUUUCUAUAAAUUAAAGAAAAUAUAGUUAAGAAACUAUUAAUCAGAUAUGAAUGUAUGAUACAAUAAAAGUUUUAAAAUAAUAAAUUUAUACAAAAUGGCUAUUUUGAAAAUUUAAAAGUGAUAAAUUAAAAAGUAAUUUUUUUUAGUGAUAAAAGGAUACAACCUCUCUACAUAUGUGUCCUCUGAAAAAAUCCAAAUAGAAAAAAAAAAAUGAAUAUUUACAGUUAUUAACUAAUGGACAACACUGUAAGAUACCCUAUAUACUUAUUUUAUUAUAAUAUAACAUAUUAACAUAUAUAUUGUUGAAGAAGAAAUACUAUUAACCGAGCUUCGCUCAGAAUCGUUUUCCGUUGGCAGUGACUAAUCUUUGUUUUCAGAUAUAUAUUAAAUUCACCUCCUAUCUGUCCUACCUUCCCAAUUUCCCAUCCAAUAGCUGUUUCAUUAUAAAUGGAUCACUGUGUAUAUAUUGAUUUUUUUUUUAUAUACACUAUGAAAGUGCACUAAACCGAAAAUGUUUCAUAGAGUUAGUAAUUUUUUGAUAUUACUCAGUGUCAUAUAUUUUAAACACGUUUCCUGUCUAUAAAUUAUGAAUAAUUAUAAUAUAAACAAAUAAUUUUGAAAAACUUAUUAUUGUUUAUUCAGAAUUUAUGAAAAAAAAAGUAUUUAAUGCAUAAUCAUUUUUUUCUGGACCAAAAUGUCACAAUACUAAUCGUGCAAUUACUGUCAUUUGUUAUCAGACGUAUCAAUUUAAUUCGAUAUUGAUUACAUAAUAUAACAACACGUUUUUAUAAAUAGAUACUUAAUGACGCAUCAAAAACGUUGUAUUGAUGAAUGGGUUUAAAAUAUAAUAUACGGUUUUUAAAAAUGUAAACUUAACUGGUAUUUAAAAAAAAAAAACAUACAGAAAUCAUAGUAUACUCGUAAAUUUGUUGUAACUAUAAUUAAUCAGCUAUUGUCAACUAUAGCUAUCAACAAAAGCUAUCAACUAUCUACUUUAUUUUGAAACUCUUUUAUGUUUUAUUUAAAUUAAUUGUAUAUUCAUUAAAUGAACCGAUUUAUAAGAAUGUACACUAAUUUAUUUACUGAUUUACUAUCAAUUGAUUGAACUAAUUUCUCGUAAUGUAUAGUAUAACAUUUUGGGUAUUAUUCUAGUGUGAUAACACCGUAUUUGUCUGAUUUUUACUCAAACGAUUUUCGUCAAUAUUUGGUAUUAAAAUUCCUUUUAAAAAAAAUUUCUUCAUUAAGUUCAAAUUUUAUUUUUUGACCACUAAAUACGACUUUUAAUGAAUUUUUUAUUAAAUUUUUAAGCAUUUUUGUUAGUCUAACAAUUUUACCACAGAGUACUUACCGCAUAUAUCGCAUUCGUCUGAUGCAUACAGAAUAAUAAAAAUAAACAUCGUAUGUUUCCAUUAUAUAUACCGGGUGUAUAAUAUUUAUAGCAAAUACAUUUGUAAAAGGUUUAUUGAAUGUUAUAGUAUUAAUCAAUAUUAAUUAAUAUAGCCAGGUAAUUAAUAGUUAAUAAUUUAUAGAAAAUAUAUGAUUAAUAUUAUUGAAAAAUAACAAUAACUUAAUAUUAUCGAGCGUAAUAUUAAAUAUUAAAUUUUUGGGACUGCUGCACACGCUUGUAUUAAUAUUGCAUAAACAGCGCUCUGAGUUACAUUUCAACAUACAAAAAAAAUGACCUCUCCAAUACACCAACUAGAUAAAACUUUCUUUCAAUAAAGGUGCUACAUUAGAAUUAAUAGUUAAACCAGUAGAACCCUUGCUACGUUUUGAAUCUAAAACACACAUAUUAUAGUAAAACAAAAAAAUCUUUUGCUUUGUUUAGAGUUUAAUAUCAAAUAGUAUACAUUAUCUAUUUCGUUAUUAAACCAGUGUUAGUGUAAUUAGGGUAAUCGCAUGUUUUAUGUACUGGUGGUCUAUUUCACUCACCUCUCAUCCACCAGCGAUGUUUCAAUAUUCAUUCGCCUUUUACUUAACUUAAUUAUAUUUUGUAUACAAAUAUUCAUACAUAAUAUAUUUUGUUAUUUUAUUUUACUUCUUGGCAGUGGUGGCUCGACACAUUUUUAUUGCAUCACCGAUUUAAUUUUCCAGAAGUGAUGUACUUGAUAGUCGAAGUAAGCUUUCUGGUAGAAAAAGUGCUGACAUAAAACAAAAAAAAUAAAAAAUAAAAAAAGAAUAAAAAUCAUUGUAAAAUACAUCCCUCGCUCCGCUUAGAAUCUAAAAUUUUUUUAUCGAAAAAUAUUUAAUAAAGCCAACAAAUAUCUUGGAAAUGAUCAAUAUGGAUUUAAAAACAAAAGAGAACUAGAGAUACACUAUUAGUCUUAAUGAAAAAAAAACAAACUUUAUGAAAUAAAGAAACAUAUUUAGCAUUUAUUGACAUUAAAAAAACUUUCGAUAAUGUUGACUGGGAAAUUAUGUUUUAAAUAAUAAGGGAUUUGGAUUUAGCUUUUAAAGAUAGACUAAUUAUGUAUAAAUACUUCUAUAAAAUUUAAAAUGCAGAAGUUACAAUAAAUAAUGUGUCAGCUAAUGCAAGAGUACGUACAGGUAUAAAACAAGGGUGCCCACUUUCACCGUUAUUUAUUAACUGCUACACGGAAAAAAGUAUAUUGGAAGUUAAUUAAAGACAAACUUAACGGACUAGAAAUUAGAAUCAAAGUGGAUGGUAUAUUGAGUUCAAUGAUCCGUUUCACAGGUGCCAUCGUACUAUUAGCAGGAACCGAGUACGGUCUUCAGAGAAUUCUGGUUGAAAUGCAAAAGGAUAUAAACGAUUAUAAAAUGUGUAUUAACUCAAGGAAAACAAACAUUUUAUUUUGUGUUCGCAUAACUACAAUCAACAAUCAACACAGAUAUCUACUUAGAAAACCAACAAAUAGCCCAAGUUUCUAAUUUUAAAUUGGGUAGUUUAAUAACAGCUUAUGGAAGACGUUCAUACAAAAUUAAGCGAAGGAUCGGACAAGAUAACAUAGUUUUCAUCAAGAAAAAAAAAUAAAUAACUUCGUAAAAGUCUUUAUAUGGAUGGUCGCUUUAUGUGGCUGCGAUAUAUGGGUUAGAGAUGAAAUAGAAAAAUUAUUAUUAAUAAUAAUUAAUAAUAAUAAAUUAAUAUUAUUUUUAAGAGUUUUGGAUAUCAUUUAAAAAAAUGCGAUUAUUUAAUUAUAUAUAUGUAAAAUAAUAAAUAAUAAAAUAUUUAAAAAAAUAAUAAAACUUGAAAAUUAUAAAGUUUGAAAUGCAAUAAUAAAUUUCAAUGUUCAAAUUUAAUGUAAAUUAUGUGAAUAUAUUAAGAAAUAUCUACUGUGUAGUUAUAGUGGUCAUUAUGAAAUAGUAUGUACUCAAUAAUCAAUUGUCCUUAUCUAAAAAUUAUUAUUACCAUAGAUCAAACUUUUGAAAUUGUUUUUUUGUGUAAUGAAUUCGUUUUAUUAAUAAACAUUUUAAGUUAUGACUAUAAUUUAUUUCUAUCUGACUAUUGGGAAAUACAACCACGUAAUAAGAAACUAGUAGACAUUAUUAUAGUUCAUUAAGUUGACGGUACGUCAUUAAAAUUUUAAUGAAAUUAUAUUUUUUUUAUUUAAUUAAAGAGUAAAAUAUAUAUUUUAUUACUUAUGCAAUUAAUUUUGAAGAUUAAAAAAAAUAUUUUUCACCAAAUCAAUUGAGGUACUGGCAUAGAAUCACAUUUUUGAUGCCAUUCCCUCUUCUCCAAAAAAGGUAUUUUGUAGUUACAGAAACUGGCAGUAAAAAUAUUGAUAAGUGCCAUGGCUGAAGAUUUAUGUUAUUUUAAAUUCCGAGCGUAGCGAUGGAUCUAUUGGUUCUACUAUAAUGAUAUGUGUUUGGAAUAUGAAGGGGGAGAGAGAGAUUUAUUGGUUUUACUAUGAUGUGAUUUUAUUAAUUGAAAGGAAGUAAGCAGGGUUGGUAAUAUAGGUACGUGUAUACAAUUUUUUAUAUGUUACAUGUAUAAUAUAUUACACAUAGAAUAUAUACAAUGUAUAAAACUAUAAAGUGGUUAAAAAAUAAAUUUUGUUAAAAAUAUUUUUUUAUAAAUGUUUUAAGAAAAAAUUUUGAAUUAAGUCACAAGUAUCACUGUCUUAUAAAUCGUGUAUAAACGAACUUCACUCAGAACCGUGUUUCGUUAGCAAUGGUUUAGAGUUGCUUACAAAAUUAAAUAACCUAAUAUAUCCUACCAUUCCAAUUUCCCACCUACAACAGUGGCACAUUCAUCAGCCGUAUUAGCUAUUUUUUUUGUAUGUAAACGUAUUUUCAAACAGAAAACUAACUUAAAUCGGAAAAUGAGCCUUUUUAAUUUCAUUUUGGAUCUGGUUGUGAAUUAGAGAAGUAGUUUUUUAUUUUACAAGAAGUUUUAAAUAUAGGUAAUUGAGAAAAACCAGAAAUAAAAUUAUAAGAAAAUCUAUAAAUAUUUUCGGAGUUAGCGAUAUCAUUAUUUUUAAUUUUUAUGCUCUGGUUUUACCAGAAAUAUUUCUUUAAUCAAAUAUGUUAAGAGCCUCUUUUGUAUCAUUUCGGAUCUAGUUAAUGAGUAAAAAAGCUGUCUUUGAUUUUUCGUGUAGUAUUCUUAAUUAUUGAGUAAAACCUAAGAAAAAUGUAGAAAGAAUUGGACAGUUUACGGAAACAACGAUUAAUUAUUUUGCUUAUUUUUGAUUUCCUAAGGAAUUUUUAUAUUAAUUGGGAAAAACUUAGGAAAAACGGGAAAAAUCAUAAAUAUUAUUGCCUUUCAAAAUAUGUACAACCGAUAUUCGCUCAGAUCUUUGUGUACAUAUAUACGUUGAAUUUCCCUUCUAUCUUCCCAAUUUCUCACCUGCAACAGUGACCUAUCCAUUGUGUGAAGUAUGAACAUUUGUUUUUUUAUCGUGCAUAUCAAUUAAUUUUAGAUGCGUUUGUGGAUGUAAUUUUUUUCAAACUUUUUACCCACUAUGUUUUCUAUUUGAAAUCUUACUCCAAUAGAAAAACUACAAGAGACCCUUUUUGUUGAAAUUUAAUAUACUUGGUGUGUAAGUAUUUUCCGAUUUUUUAUGCAGUUUUCAUAAUAAUUGGAAAAAACCGGAGAAGAGGAACAAUGAAAAGGAAUUCAUUUACAAUUUUAUUAUUUAACAUUUUUAUUUUUAACAAUAUUUUCAACGUUUAUUUUUAAAUGUUUAUUAUUUUCAGUUUUUAUUUUUUUAUUGUAAUUAAGUCGUAGAUACAUUUUUUUUUUUAUUUUUUUUAUUUUUAAUAUUAUUAUAUUAUAAAUAUAGUAUGAUACCAAAGAUUCAGUAUUUAGUCGGUAAUUUUUUUCCAUAAUAACAAAAUUUAAUUACGUCAAUACGAUAUCCGUGUAGUUGAUUAUUAUUAUUAUUAAUUUAAUUAAUAAUAAUGAAAAAAUGAAAUCAUAUGAAAUUCGAAAUGACAUGGCAGUUUGUCUUGUUCUAUGUAUAUAACAAUAGUAAUCAGUCCGUGGUAAAAUUAUUCCCUAAGUAAUUAACUUAUUCUUUACAGAACUCUUAACCAUAAAUAUUGAACUCUUGACUUGUUGUUUUAUCUUUAAAAAAUGAUUUUUAGUGUAUGAAAAUCCAUUAUAUUAGCUAAAGUGUGGUAUAAUAACUAUAUUUAAAGUAAUAUAAUUGCGUGAAAUUGAUCAUAUUAUUUUUUAGAUUCCAAGUGAAGCAAAGAAGCUUAUGGUUUUACAAAGACGUUUAUUAUUAUUUUUUUCUAUGGAUAACUUUUCUACCAGAAGACUUAUUUCGACUUUUACGUGUAGCAACUUUUUAGAAAGGAAAUCGGUGUGGGUAGGUCAUUCAUCGAUUUUCUGAAGUUUUCUCAUCAAAUGUGAAAAACCGAAAAAAAACCGAGAAAAUUUACGAAAUUUACGAAGACUUCUUGUCGUUUAAAUAAAGAUGCUGAAUGGCAAUUAAAAAAAAAAACACCUAUGAAAAGAAACUAAUACAUUGAACUGCAAUUUGACUACGUAUACAUUUUAGUGUACCUUGUGUUAAAUUAUCGAGCAUUUUUCUUAAGUCGAAAAUAUCGACAAUAUCAAAUACCUAUAAAUAGCCUAAAAAUAGCUAGAAUGUUUUGAAAAUUGUAUUACGUCUACAAAAAUUAAUUUUGUAAAAUAAAUCUAUAUUUUAAUGGGUUGAAAUUAUGAGUUGUAUAAGUACAAAAGAAAAAAAAAACAUACCGAUUUAAGGGUGUUCACGAAUUAACAGUUGCUGUGCGUAAAAUAAAACGUCCGGUUUGAUUAUUAUGAAAAUUUAUCAAAAUUUUGUUGUUUCAACCGCAACUUAAGAUCGUUUAAUUUUAUAGUUUGGUAGAUUUGGAAAAUACUACAUUAGAUCGAAUACUUCUUACCCAUUGUAUUGUACCGGUAUAUAUUAUAAUAUUAUGAUCGGAAUUCGCAAUGAUGUUAAAAUAUCACGAAUACUGCGCGGUAUUUCUCACGAGACGUGUUUUUCGUGGGCGACCGUAUACACUGCAUACGAAACGAGCGUCGUCUUGUAUAUGUCACAUUGUCACGAUGACAAUAUCAUUUUUAUCUCGAACACUUUGUGUUAAUAUUUUGAAUUUCUUACCGUCAUAUAAUAAUGCAUACGAUGAGUUUUAUUAUAUAGCUAUUCCUGUUUCAAUACUGACAGAUUAUUUUCGUUCUGUCGCGGCGCAUUGAGAUAACGCUAUAAUAUUAUAACUGUAGUAUAGUACCGAUAAAAUGACUAUGUAUUAUGAAUUACGGGGGUAUAUACAUUAUUUCGAUAAAACAAAACCGAUUGUGAUACCAUGUCGGUGUGUAUGUAAAAAAACGAGUUCGCCAAGGGAAUCGUUUAUUGGCAAAUGGCCGAUGAACUAACACGCGCGCCCGUCUUACCGUCGCUAUCCCCUUUCGAACAACAAAUGAUAACAAUAUUAUAUUAUUUGUACCAUAACAUUAUACGAGUCGGAUUCGCAUAUAUAUAUAUACUAAAUAUAAAUCCUUAACAUAACUAUAUAUAACUGAGAUAAAGUUUUGUAAAAACAAAGUAGCAAAAUACAUACGGUUUUAUAAUAAUUGGCGAAGAAUCGCUCGGCGUCGUCGUGUAGUGUGAAAUAAAUCGAUCUGACAUAAAUUCCGUAAUAUUGUUAUAUUUAAAUUCGAAUAACAAAAAGUUAAAGUAUAUGAUAUAUUCGUAUACUUUGGAUAACAAUAACUCUUAACGAACGUAAUAUAAGUAUAACAUUAUAUUCUGACUGAAGAACGAUGCGAUACGGAAGUAAAUACGAUCAUAUCGAUAAUAAAGUUAACAUAAUAUAAUGUUUGAAAAUAAUCUAGGAAAAAAAUAAAAAUUGAUAAGAGUUCAUUAUAAUACACAUAAAUGCGAAUCGAAAUCACGAUUGUAUGAAACGGGGUUAUUGCGCUAUGAAAAUGUACAAUUAUCCUUUAUAAUAAAACGGACGUAUACAUAAUAAUUAUUACACCUAUUAUUGUCAGACGUUCAAUAUAAUCUAAUUUAUAUGCCACGAUGAAGUGACAGAAAGAAAGGAGUAAAGAGGAAAUGGUAAAGGAAUAAACGUAUGUUUAUUUUCUAUGAAAGUCGCGUUGGUCGUACGGACAUUUUUGAACUUUUUAUGCGUUAAAAUUUAAAUAAUUUUACCGACUAUAGUACCAAUCUAUUGAACGUGUAAGAGGCGACUCCUGUAGCCGAGACGACGCGUAUUUUUAUUUACAGUUGUUAUGUACAUAAUUUAUGUGCACACGUUCAGUGUAAAGUAAACAAAAAUUGUCAUAAAGGCUUGAUUGCAUAGAUUUAUUUACUUAUUUAUUUAUGUUUAUGUUUUUCUACAAAUGUACCGAGAAAUUUAACAGACGCGUGCAAGUAUCUAACAAUGUUCUGUCAAAUCUGGCAAGUGUAAGAUAAAACUAUGAAAUAAUGAUUGUUCAAGUCGGAAGCAAAGUGGUUUCAACUAUGGCCCUAAGAAACGCCCGGAGGAAUCUCUGUGGCUACUGGCUUAAAAUGCAUGUCCAAGACCUGAUUGAAAAUCAGUACCGAUAAAGAACAAUUUUAUUAUAAAAAUAACUGGAAUGUAAUUUUCAAGAAUUUUUAGAAGCUAAUCGAUUAAUUUUAUCCAUAUAAAAUAAAACAAUAAAAAAAAAUAACCUAAACAAAAUUUAACUUUUUCUAAUAAAUGAUAUAAAUAACUCAAACAAUUUGGAUCCAGAGACAAGAUCUUAAGUCAAUUUUGUAUAGCUUUCAAUACAAUCAAAUACAAUUUCAAAAAUGCUGAAUGAUAAUAUAAUGACAUAAUAAUUAUGCCAAUUAGCAAAUUACUGUUAAUAGCUAAAUUAAUAAACGGCCUAAUCUAAAUUACAAUAACAUUGCGAACACGUGUUAUAACAUAUGCUUAAGCCUUGUACACGUAAUUAAAUGACUUGUACCUUGUUUUCAAACAAAAAGUUUAUCAUAGUGACUUAAUAUAUUUUAAUUUUCAGUGAAAUUUGUGUUAGAAUAUACAUUUACACUAUAUAAGUAUGCGGUUUGAACCAAAAAAUAAAAGCUACAAAUUAAAUGAGAUACAGUUACACAAAUUUCGAGAACAUUGAAAAUUCACGCAUUUUCCGGGGCCGUUUGGCCCUUUGUACAGUGUAUUAUAGAGAAGUACGUUUUUCACACGACUAUAUAAUGGCGGCUGUUAUGUACUUAUGCAGUUCGCAUAUUACAUUUGAAAAAAUAAUUUAUUGCAUGUUUUUCGUUUAUUAGUCAGUUCAUAUAGUAUAAUAUAUGGGGUACGCGUUUAUUAUUGCAAUUUACGUAUGAUGCACAGUGUAACGUUCAUCUCAUAUUAUCAAAUUAAGUACAUACACAUGCACAUAUAUUAUCGGCGAAAUCACGUCCCGCUUGAACUCGUCCCGGUUCAACGAACUUCUCUUCUGAUGCAGUGCACGUGUGUAUAAUGCCAUCGAAAUGAUUUGUGCUGAACAAAAUUUCGAAAAACUUACAAAAAUACAUAACGUUUCGAAAAGCACUAUUUCGUCGUGUAAUGUACCCAAACACAACAGUCGUGUGCGCUUCCAAUGUCACUAUAUGUAUAGUAAAUAAACCGGCUAACAAUAAACCUUUCUACGCUCGCGUAAUAUUUUCUUAGAUAAUAAUGCUCUUAUAUUAUUCUUUGCUCGAGCGUUUCAAGAUUCUUUUCUCGAUUUGCGUUCUCCUCGCCGCGCGCCGUGUCCACCAUCAAUUAAUAUAUAUCUCAUCCAACACCAUUUGCGCAAAGUAAAUAUUCUUGAAUUCCGCCAUUUUCAUUCCGUAUUAUAAUGUUAAUACUAUAUCUAUAGGUUCUAUCUUUUUCAAUCAUUGCCAUUUAAUUUUUAUUUCCCAGAAUUAUUAAAUUCUACCGCGGCAAUUUGAGAUAUUAUUUGAAAAAAAAAGUGCAUUUUAUAGAUAUGUCCCGUCUUAUUAUAGUAUAAUAUAAAAUCUAAAUAAACAGAAAUAUUACUUUCUGUGGGACGUAGAGAACCCUGUCAAUGCGCAUUACUCUCGUCUAUUAAAGUCUAGAUAGUAAUAAGAUCUAAACGACUGCUGUAAACAAACGUCCGUAACCACCCACGUAGUUUUGAAUAGGAAUCGCAUCUAAGAUUAAAUUGUAUAUUUUGUUAUCGUAUUGUUGAAAAUAAAAUAUUGCUGGUCGUCGAAUUACCACGCCACUGACGAUUGCCAUUAUAAGUAUUAUUACUCUGUACUGUUAGUCUAUGAUAUUAUGUUUUCUUCACGAGCCAUGCAUUUUAUCAUGUUUACAAUAUAUAAAAAUUAUUAGUGAACACUACUGUGUAACUAGUGAUGGCAAAAUUCUGGAUUUAAAAUCCAAAAAUGCAUUUAAAAAUUAUUUAUUACAUAUUUUGUAAAUAUAGAAAUUCAAAAAUAUAAUAAAUAAUCGGUUUAGAAAAAAGAGGUGAUACUGGAGAUGGGAGCGGCCACUGUUGUAGGUGGGCGGUUGGGAAAAUGGAAUACAUAAACUUAUUUAUUUUAUAAGCAACGAUAAAUUAUUAUUUACGAAAAAUAUUCAGGAUGAAGUUCGAUUAUACACGUUUUGAAUUUGGGCCUCAAUAUUUACGAUUUUUUUUCUUCAAAAUUUGAUUUUAAAACACUUAAAGAAAAAAAACCUACAUUACACUCAAUUUUUGUUCCCAAUAUGUACGACUUAUAAUAAUGAACCUCCUAUCAAAUUGUUAAGUAUUUCUGUUUAGUAUAAUAAUUUUAUUCACAGAAUACUUACCAUAUAAAAAAUUACGUAAAAAAUUCGAAAAAUUAAAAUGUCGAUAAUUUCAAUCAAUUUAACUAAUGAUAUAUUAUGGUUAUUCGUUUAUGAUUAUAACUUUCAAAAUCUUAUAAUUUAAUAACGGUCAGACUGCAUUAACCGCUGAUGAGUUAUAACUAUUUUUACUAACUAAUGUUCAUAAAUUGCUUUAUAUAUGUUCACAAUUAAACGUUAAACGAUAAAUAGGUGUUCGGGGAUAUUCGUGGUAGUGUUCUUAAACAUUCUUGAAUACACAAAUGAAAAUAAUCCAUUAAAACUAAAUAAAGAUAAACUGUGAUAUUUGAUAUAAGAGAGCACAAGUUGCCUUAUUGUUGGUUUUCUAGGACACGAGAAGUUUUCAAUUUUAGAACGUGUCCAUCUUUCGUUACCUAUGUUUGUAGUCUUAUUCGAGUGAUCAAUCACUAUACAACUGUAGACCCCUUAACAUCAACCAAGGUCCCUUGGGGGUACGCGGACCACUAAUUAGAAACCACUACUAGAAGAAAAAAUAUAAGUUACAAAAGUCUAAAAUCAUGAAAUCGUUACGUUGUAAAUAUUUGUCUGUUCAUUUCUACGUUGUUCUUGGUUUUCCACAAUUAUUAUGAAAACCGCUUGGAAAAUCAAAAAAAGUACCUCCCUAAAGUUCUAACUAGAUAGAAUAUUUUUUUUUAGAAAAAGUGCUACGCUUGACAUAUUGGAAGACGCUCUAGGACUGUAUUUUAUUUAUCCAACAAGGUUCACUAUCGUAAUUGUGACGAAUAAAUAAUUAAAUUCAUAACAUUUAUAAUACUGUAGAUUAUCAAAUGGCCUUUCUUUUUUCCUUUUUUUUAUUUUUAAAAUCUUUCUAACCAUAUUUUAAUUAAAUUUGUUCCGAGUAAUGUUAAGUGCGAGUAGUGUGUACAAAAUCAUAAUAAAUUCAUUCACCUAUACCGUUUGAAAACGAGAAGGAUCAAAGUGUUGUCCCUCGGGAAAACGAAUAACAGUUAUUUGACUCCAUGAAUUGCUGAGUGUCCGAAUAAAAGCUUAGUUAAAUAUAUACGGGUAUUUUUAAAUUAGGUAAUAAAGUAGAGUAGAAUAACAUUUCGUCAUCGUUAUUAAGAAUAUUUCACUUGUCGUAUUAACUGAUAAUAUUACAAAUGUCUUUUAUAAUCGUAUAUAUUUAAGUAUUUGGAAAUACAUUGUGUUUUUGUUAUCAAAUUAUAAAAUUAGAUUUUCAAAGAACUUUGUCGACGUUGUUUCGAAGUAUGUUUUUCAGACAUAAAAGUGUUUAAAAAGUAAUUUAAUACCUACUCAAAUACAGCAGCAAUGCCAUUUAAAAACUCGGUAUCGUAUUAUUGUUUUUAUUGUACUGUUCUUAUAAACGACAGCCGGAAGAAUAAAAUCCCGGAAUUCCCAAAAUGACAGUAAAUGGGAAUCGUAAUGGAUAUUAUAUUAUUAUUAUACGAAAGUGAAUGUAGUCUAGACGUGAUUGUUGAUAAUAAUUGUGUAUCUAUUUACAAUCUACAAUACCGAGUGAAUACGUAAGUAAUUUGGAUUUAAUUUAACCCGAUAUAUUCAUUCAGGUUUUAUUCGUGAUUAAUGAUGUGAUCACCAACGAUUGUUACAUUGUACAUUUUACUAAUUUUAUAUCGUCCAUUGAAACAUAAUGAUAUUUUAACUUUUGUUGCUAAAAAUAUAAACUUAUUUGACCUUUAUCGACACUAUGCGUCGUCGCCGAUAUCUCUCUUGUUUAUUAGUUAAAAACAACACUUUUUUUUUUUUAUUUAGAAGAGAAUUAUAAUAGUUAUAAAUAUUAUAUUAUGUUUAUAUAUGAUGCUGCUCAUGUGUAGAGUUUAUUGUAGCGGUUGAUCGGUGUGUACUUUGAUCUACAUACAUAUGGAUAUACUAGUAUAUAUUUCAUUUUAGCCUCUGGCUACCGGAAGAUACCUCUAACUUUACCGUCAGUACCGCGAUUACAGUUGUGCUCCUGUCUCUGGGAAGGGGACAAAUAAUUUACACAGUCUAACCCAAUGUUUGAUUCUUCACUUGACGUCUGGGUUGGUCAUUUCGCCUAUUGUCCGCCGCCUGUCCGGUGCCGUUUCAGCCCGGGUAAAACGGUUUCGUGGGGUCUAUAAAACUACUUGUAGGUAGUAAUGGCAAUAAUAUACUAAAAUAUUAUACGACAUUAUAAUAAUAUAAAUUGUACAUACGUAGGAUGCAGGUAAGUCCGCGUUUUAAACAACCCGACAACGCUCGGAGGUGAAUAUAAAGUCGGCUAAUGACUUGUAGUAAAACACGAGUACAAGUAAAUGCACACUAAUGUUGCUGGAAGGUGAAUUGUCGUAUUUUAAUAAUUUGUAUACCGUAUACACAUAAUUUGGACGCAACGUUAGUGCACUUCCUAUGCCCACAACUCGGCCUCGUUAUGGUUUUUACCUCUAAUCCAAUAGGGUUCGUUCGUAUCACGUUUAUUUUGCCAUUAUGCUCAAUUAUUAAAAAUAUUGCAAAGAAAAUCAAAAAAACUACUUUCCUGGGCAUCAACCAGAUUAAAAAUUCAACAAAAAAGGAUCUCUUGUUUUCUUGACAUUUGCCAAACAUUUGACUAAUAUUUGAAAGCGCAAAUAGAGUUUAUAGAAAUAAUGUACAAUUUUCAAAUAUAACUAACUUAAAUAAAAAUAACGUUGAAAAAUAACAUUUAAAUGUUACAAUGUUUUCUGGGAAGUUAUAAUUUCAAUUCGAUUAAAACGCGUAAAUAAUUUUUCAAUUUUUUCAAUUGAUGCACAAUUGUUAUAACAACAAUAAUCGCUCAAUAUUCAAUAAACAAUGAUUGUUUAUAGUUGUACAAAUGGAUAAGCAAAAUAUUCGUGUGUUUUUUUUUAAAAUUACCGACUAAAAUAUUUGUCCAUUACAAAUAAGUAAAUAUUAAAUACCUAAUGGUUGAUUGUACAUGUUUGAGUGUUAAGAGCCAAAUAUUUGAAUAUUGGAUACAUCUAUUUUUUUCAUUAUAUUGUAUAUUAUAUAUUGUGAUUUUGUUUAAUUUAUCCCACGCUAUCCAAAUGGAGCGUACAAUAAAAUAAUCGAAUAUGCAUUUUUCGCGUAACUGCGUGUAUUGUAUUUAUAACUAUCAAGUGUUUGGAUAUAAACGUAUAAAUACAUAAAUAUUAUAAUAUAUGUUUAUUCGGUAAAGCAAAUAUGAUGCUUAUAAUGUGGCCACGUCAAUGACGCAACGUCGCAUGUGGAUUUCUGAGCAUUUUAAAUUUUAAUCAAUUGCCGUGUAUCCACUCAAACGCGGUGAAAUGCGUUAUUCAACCAAACCUUUAUGUAUGUAUGUAUGUAUGUAUGUAUGUAUGUAUGUAUGUAUAUAGGACGGACAGUGUUCUGAAAACCAGUAUUAAUAAAAGCUGUGUAUGGGGGAGAGGGGUCAUUGACUUUUCUGAUGUUGGCAGGCAACCGGGAAGUGGCUAUUGAUGCGCCCCCGGUGUAGACAAACAUUUACAUUAAAGGGCACUAAAAUCGUUUUCGUAUUUUCGACUCCGUAAAAUCGUAUUAUUAGGAAAAUAGUUAUUGCUGCGGGAUUUUGUCAGUUUGCCGAAUGGGUCAACGCCGGGCUGUAUACCUGCUUGUAUACUAUUAUUAUGUCGUCGGAAACAGAUUGGUUUUUUAUUAUUAUCUACAAUAUAAUGUAGGUAUGCUGACAAAUAAAUUUACUUAUGACCUUUACGAUUACAUUAUAAUUUCUUUAUAUAGCGUUCAAAAUUAAUCAAGUUUUAAUUACCGAAUUUAAAUUCAAAUUACCUUGUACGGGAUUUCACCUAUUAUAUAACGAAAAUGGGUACUGCAGUCCUGCCUACGUGUAUUCAGUACAAUACCUAUAUAUGACAAAUAAUAAUUAUAAAGCAAUCUUUCGUUAUCGCAAAAUAUUAUUAAUCGUUUAAUUUUUUACUAGUUGACCCGCCCGGCGUUACUUGAGCCACUUUUUUUUUGUAGGAUCAAAUUUUUAGUAUGUACAUUAGUAUUAUUAAAAUAUCUAUAGCUGUAUUACCUGUGACUUUGUCAAAAAAUUCGUUCAUGUGCAGUUUAUAUCUCUGUACAGUUAUUUACUUCUAUUUUAGUCCAAAUUAGUACCGACCGGGAACCUCGCACCGCAAAGCUUUUCGACCUUUCAGGGAACCAAUUGUUUGAGUUUAAUUAGUGGUUUCCCAUUGCCAUUCCCACAAAUAUCCCAUGUUGGUCCUUAGAUUACCUUCUUUUUACCCUGCUGGCCGUAUAGAAGCAUUUCAUGCACAACUUGCUUUGCUUGGUUAUUAUUAAACGAAAACUUUUAUUAUUAUUUUUAAAUGUGAUCCCUAUGACUUUCUGUUUCUAUCCAUUUCCCUAUCACCGUUGUUGCCUGUUAUAUAAAAAUAUAAUAUAAUAAAUAAUAGUGAUAGUAUAAAUAAUAAUAGUGUUUAUUAUUGAGAGUUUUCUUGCCUGUGACAAUCAAAUUAUUAUCCAUGACGACAAAGUAACCUACAAGUAAACCAACAAAUAAAAUUCAAUUUUUUCUUUAAAAUUACCAAAAACUCUGUGUCAGCUCUCCUUUAGGGGAAUAAUUUUUAAACAUUUUUAGUGGAUCUAACUGUAACUGUUUAGACUGUAUGUUGAUUAUCUAUCAGUCAGUUAGGACAAAACCGCUUAUGUACAUAAAUAUAGAGAUUUUGUAAAUAUUUUAAAAUUGUUAUUAUUUUAUUUUAUCGUUAUUUCCGUGUACGAAUACAAUAUACAUUCUUACUUUAUAAUACAGUCGUACUUGUUUAACUCGAAAUCGUUGAUACCUCGAACUUUUUCCAAGAUUCCUAGAAUUUCUCAUUUAAACAAUGUAUAAAAAUCACAUUUAAUUUGAAUAUUUCGUGGAUAAAUAAGUUACAAUUUUAUCAAUAUCAGUAAUACAUGGGUUGUUCCCAUAGAUACGUACGAGUAUAUUUAUUUACUAUCGAGAGUAAAAUGUAUUCAUAUUAUAGUAAUAUGUUUACUGAUACAGUUUAGAUAAUUGUUUUACCCCACUCGAUAAUACGACGCGUUAUUCACUAACGCAUACGUAAUAUACAUUUAAGUGUUCUGUUACGUUUUAAUGUUUACAGUUUUAAGAUAAUUGUUUUGUGAUAUCGGUAUUUAAACGAAUAAAAUUAAAACAAAAAUUGGAUAAUUCGAAUUAUUUUGUCGGUCCCUUCAACAUAUAGUUAAUCAAGUUCUAUUAUAUAUUGAAACCGAUAUGUUAAAAGUUCGUUUAAGAAUUUUAUGGCGUUAUUUAAAAAACUUUAAAAUAAUAAGAAAACAACUUAACCGAAUUUACUGUGUACAAUUUAAAUAUGACAAGCGACGAAAUGUUUUCGUCGGCCUAGUGUUUUUCUUUUGUUCGAUGACCCUGGUGGAGGUUUUUUUCUAUCCUGUACAUGAAUAAUAAUCUAUAAAGCCAAGAGUAAAAAAAUAACAACUAUGAUGGGCUGUAGGAUCAUAAAAACUUAUGUGUGAAUGGAUUUGAAAAAAUAAUUUUGUAUGUACUUUUUUUUAGAUAGAUUCUUAUUUUCAUAUUAAUACGUGCAUAGCAGAAAAAAUGAGUUGUUCAUUGUUAUGCGUAGUUUUUCGAAACCGACAAUAAAGUAAAAUUCUUUUAUAGUUAUUCGAAAAAAAAUCAAUCGAAAACACUAUAGCUAAUUGUAGAUAGUUCAAAGAAAUCGACAAUAUUUUAAAAAAAAUUAUAUGAAUAACGUUGUUAUUAAAUAUUCGUUUGUACUAAUUCACAAAAAAAAAAACACGCACUUGGGUACCUAUACUUAUUACAGUGGUGAAUAGGGAUUUUCUCGGUGGGCCGCUACUUAUAUUGACGAAAAUGGGUCGAUGAAAAAUACUGCUAUUGGCUAUUGUGUAUUGUGCAAAAUGUGCGACAGCUCGAAUACCCACAUUGGAUUACCUUAAAUAGUGCUUAAAUAAAUAAAACCUAUUUCAAUGAAAAAUUGAUUGAUUUUUAAAUAAUAAAUUGUUACUGUCAUUGACAUUCGUACUAUUUAUUAUUUUUCUUUCGAUUGAAAAAAAAAUUGCCUAAUUGUUAUCUUAUUCAGUUAAAAUCAUGUACAUCAGAGGCACCUUUUUUUUUUAUUAGCUACAAAAAUAAUUACAAUUAUUAUAACAUAAUAUAUACGAAUUUACUGAAAAUAACCGUUGAACCGUUAAUAUUGCAAGUACUAAUUUCAUGCUAAAUUUUGAUGCUAAAAAAAAAUGUUGAUGCUGGUAGUGCUUCCUCAAUGGAAAGUUACGAAAAGUCUACGUCUCGUUGGAAAAUAGAAUACUCAUUUUGAAAAUGGUAUUAAUCACCGGCCUUAAUUUUACUGGAAAGGAAAUUAGUGAACAGCGUUCGUCGUUAACUUUAAACGAUCCGUUUAACAAUUUUAAGUCAGAUUACAAAAACAAGAAUAGAUAUACCUAAUUUUAAAGUAGUUUUUUGAAUUUCUUCGAUAAUUUUCUUGAAAACUAGAACAAUAGCUAACAAACAUUCCAUUAAAAGUUCAAUUUUCUUCAUUCUAACAGCGUUAAUGAUUGUUUUAUAAUGAAAUUAUUUUUGAUAAUUAUAUACAUUUAUUUUUAAAUUGACUCUCGACCUGCGUACUAAAAUUGUAAAAUUACGGGAAAUAAUAUAAUUGUAUUGAAUAUUUAACUGUUACCGAAAAUAAAAAUUAUAAUUUUAUAAUAUAAUUAAUAUCGAAAUAUCUGUGUUUUUAAUGUGACGGAUUUUAAAACAAAUAAUAUUCAUUUACACAAAGCAUUCACUUAAAUUAAAUUUACAAAAUGAAUUAUUUUGUUUCUUUUCGUUCUCUGGUAUUUUUAUUGAUACUUAACACCCAUGCACCUCUCGCAUAAAUUGCGUUCAUAUAAUAAUAUUUUUUAAAAUACAUUUUGCAUUUUGAGAUACUUUUAUGAUGUUUAUAAUGUUGUAAUGUCUAAGAGGUUUUACGAGCCAAACGACUUGUUUACGACGAUCCCUUUUGAAAUAGAAUGGAUAUUUUUACUACUCGUUUGCGUAUAUGGGGUUUUUUUUUAAUACUUUUAUACAACCAAACAUGAAAAUUCAUUCAUUUCACGACGGUAGAUUUGCUGAUAUCGAAAUCUAUGUUCUUUCUUAUUAAAUCUUCUGGACAUUUAUUUAUCUUGAAUGUAAUAAUUUAGGAAUAUGCCAUGCCGGUAGCCGUUGUGAGUAACUUUGGUGUAAACUAUUCAAGGAUAAUUUUAUAUCAAUUUCAUACAUUGCGAUAGGUUAACACGAAUUUGUCGUUGGUGUUCUGUAUUAAACUCAUAGUUCAAAACCAAAAAGAAUACGCUUUGUAAAUUAACUCUAUUAUAUAUUUACAAAACAAUAAAAUUAUUAAUACCCGUUAAAUUUUGUAAUCAUAUAAUUUAUAGAGUUCACAUUUAUAUUUAUCUUCCGCAAUAGGUAGCUAUAGAAUAUUAACUGGCAAUAUUAUUUUUGUGUUAAUCAAAUUAAAUAUAUAGAUUAAAAAUAAAAAAUCAAAUAUUUUUGUAAUCUUUUCAUGUCAUUUCAUUCAAUCACGGAUAUCUACUGAAAUUAUUUAUAAUUCAGUUUGCAUUUAUAAACAAAAAUAAUAAGCACUGCUUAUAUUUUAUUAUACUUAUAAAUUCGAGUUUUGAGACUUAACAUCAACAAAAAAGUUUAAUAAGUAUUUUUUAAAAUAAAGAGCUGAUGCUGGGGAUGGAAGCGGCCACUGUUGUAAAUGAGAAGUUGGGAAGGUAGGAUACAUAAGAUUAUUUCAUUUUUAUCUGUAAUCAACGUUAAACUAUUGCUUGACAAAAGACGAUUCCGAGCACAGUUCGAUAAUACAUAAUUUGAAGUGUCGUAAUUUUUUUUGCGAUUUUCGUUUAAAUUUGAUUUAAAAAAAAAAAAAAGCGUCCGGUAAUUUUGAAAAAGGUGCCUUGUGAUUUUUCGAUUAAAUCAUUUUUUUUCUGGUAGAAAAUGUCGACCGCGUUUUUUUAAAAUAAUGAUAUCGAAAAUUGUACGUUUUCCUAUGUUUUUUCCCACUUAAGUGCUUUUAUUUAAAAAAUUGCAUCGAAAAUCAAAAAAUGACCUGUUCAAAGUACAAUUUAGACAAUUUGAUAUUUCAGAAAAGGUGAACCUAACCUAACCUAACCUAACCUAACUUAAACUCAUACAUAAAAGCAAGUUUACUAGGAAAAAACAUGUACACAGACUAGAAAAAAAAGAAAGAAAGAAAAAAAUAAACAUCUUAGUAAAACCACCAUUAGCUUUCUCGCUACGCUCGGUAUCAAUAUUAUGAAAUAACGAAAAAAAAAUAAGUUAAAAGCAAUUUAUUUAAAAAAAUAAUAAUUAUCGUAAUAAGCAAAACAAAAUACUUUCAAAUUUCAUGUAAGAGUUCUUGAAACUCUAUAACUACAUUCGUAAAAAAUCUGGGUUUUGUUAUAGUGAUUUAAUUACAAAAUAGAAAAUAUAAUAAAAUAAUCAAAAAACUGGUGUAAAGAAUUUUUAACUUUCAAAAUAAGCAAUAUAAAGUAUAUUCAAAUUUCAUAUUUAAUCUCGUAACAUGCUAUAAAUGUCUAUAAAACUCCUAAAAUUAAUUUCAAGCCUAAAAUAUAAGCAAAUGCUAUAUAAAUAUAAAUGCAAAUAUAAUUUUCGAACCUCAGUUGUUUGUAGGGUACAAGCAACUGGUAGGUAUUGUGUGCAUUUACACAUUUUUUAUAAGACUAAUUUUAAUUAUUAUAAUGUGCUUAAUAAUAAUACUUAAUUCGUCCUUAUACUUAUAUAUUUUAAUUUAAUUAUUACGUGACGAGUGGUUUGAAAAAUAUUAUAUUCAAAUGUCUUUUGAAAUAACAACAAUAUAAAUAAUGCUUAAUUAAUCAUAACAUCAAGAGUUUAGAAUAUACACUUAAUAGCGAGUUUUGUUUUAAAGAUAUGUUAUACUUAUUUUUCUAUUGUUUUUAAAAUCUUUUUCUCAGGCCAAAAUGAAAAGAAUUGUAAUAUAUAUAUAUAAGCGUUUUACAUUUUUCGAAACGUAUUUUAUUUACUACAAUUAAUCACCGGUACUCAUUUGUUUUGUAUAUGAUUUUUAGUACAGCUCUUUGUCGACGGACAGAUAAUUUGUUGUUGACGUCUUAAACCCAAAGUAUAUUUUUCUUUUGUCGUAAGGCGCUUAUCCACGACUACGAAACUCAGUUUAUCAUUCAAACGUAAUGAAUUAAUUUUGCCGAGUACUUUUUUAAUAUAUUAUAUAUUAGUAUGAUAUAUUAUAGGUAUUUUUAUAAUACAGUCAUAUCAAAUUUACCCAUAUAUAUAUAUAUUGAUAUCUAUUUUAUGAUAAUAUUAUAUUUUUUUUUAUAUAAAUUCACACCAAGAUUGAGUCGGCAAGUGACUAAGUAAAAAUCGGCGGCUCGUGUUUAUUUUUAUGUUUUUGGAUCGGUGAAAAUAAUUAUAUAUCAACUGUUCAAUAAAAUAAUAUUAAUAUGGGAAUGGAAUAAAAAUAAAAACAAUAUAAUAUGAUCAGUUAUAAUCAUUAUGAUCUUAUUAGACUGCAUUCGCAAUAAAAUAUAUAGUCAAUAAAACAGCUAGGGUUAUACCAAUCGAUUUUGUUAUAUUUUAUUUAAUUUUUUUUCUAUAGAAAACUAACUCGUUAUUCGUACAUUUAGAACCAUAAUAUGUGUUAUUUAAAAUAUGCUUUAUGGGAAAAAUGUCUCAGUUGAGAGUUGAGUCACUUGAAGUUAUCGGUAGUCAGACCUACUUUACUUCUUAUUCGUAAAAGUGAAACAUUGGUUAUUUAUUUACAACAAUAUUAUUUAUGUGUAUUUUAUCGAUUUACCACUGGAGCGGAGAAUGUCAUCAUGAGUGAACACAAAAAGGAUUUUGAUAUAUCGUAGUCAGCAGUCACGGUCAUUUUUUCGUUUUUUUUUCAAGUACACGAUAUAUUUUAUUUAUGGGACAAAUUUGCUCCUGUUUCCGGUGGAUCAAUAUUAGAAAAUACCAUUUCCAUAAAUUCUAGAACUUGCUCUUUGGAUGUCACCUAAGAGGCACCCUUUAAAGGUGUUUCCCGAAGUUGUGCGUACCCCCAAAUUACGAUGUUUCAAUCAAUUCCAGUAUGACACUAUGACGGGACAAUAUAGUUUUCCAAAUUUCUACUUGAAUUGGUUUUUGGUAAGUGAAACUACUAUAAUUUUGUUCGUUUAUAUGUAAUGUUUUUUAUUAUGCUCUUCUCUCAGAUUCAAAAAUAAAAUUAUGAUUCAGGGCUCCGUUUCUACAAUAAUAAAAAUAUAUCAUAUAUUCAUUAUUGUAGAAUAGCAUUUUAAAAAUUUUAAAUCAUACUAAAUUUCGAAAAAUUCUAACCUUAUUAUUUAUAUUCCUAAGAAUCGUGUUCAUAUUUACAUUCAAUCGCGGUUAUUUAAUUACCCUGUUUGAACCAUAUUAUUAACCAUAUUUAAUCAUCAUGGCUAAUUACUUAAUAAUUUCCGGAGACUCUCUAGAAAUAUUUUUACGCCAAGCAGGCGUUUUUAUUUAUUUUCCGUGUGUUAAACGACCGUAUCAAAUAUUUUAUUCAUGGGCGUUAUAUUGUUAUUAUUAUUAUUUGUUUAGUAUUAUUGUGUACUAUUAUUUUACAGCAGUGAUACGCUAUUCCAAAUCGUAAAACGAUAACGGGUGUAGUUUAUGCAUAUCAUCGUUAUCAUAUAUUAUCUAUAUCCCAGGCGAAAACUAUUGAAAUUAUUCACUUAUCUGUUCAUUAUAGCCGAGAAGUAUUUGAAAAAAAAAAACGGAAAUAAAAGUAUUGAAUGAGAACAAAUAGGUGGAAAGUAGGUAGUACAUCUUUAGCGCGCUAAAAAGUGGGCUAUUUUUUUAUGAUUUUUAUACCAAAAAUAUCUAAACACUGAUUUUUUUUGUGGAGCGAAGAGGGUGGGCGGAUUUAAAAAUAAGUGAAUCCUAACAUAACCUACCGAGGAGUGGGGAUACUCAAUAGUGAGAGAGCGUAUGUACCGUAUUAUAGUCGUCGCUCGCAAAUGGUGCGGUGUUCCUUUUAUACCUUUAUGUGUGUAUUUGCGAAAACAAUUUAUAUUAAUAUAAAAUUAAUAACUCGAUUGUUAAUCUACAAUCUGUAAAUAUAAAAAUAAAUCGAUAUUUUGUCGGUAACGCCAUAACUUGAAUACCAUCCAAAUUUAUGACUUUUCCGGUAGAUUUUCCAAACAUUUUCUUUCAUAAUAACCUUUUUCUGACAAUUACGAACACAACAAAUAUAAUAAACAGUCAAAUCGGUCCAUCCGUUUACAAGUUAUGGAGUUACCAACAAAAUAUCGAUACGUAAUACGUCUCAUCAUGUGCUGUGGAGUAAUAAUGCUAAGCAGUAGCCGAUAUUUGAAGUUCGAGAACUCUGGUUUAGACGUGGUACGUCUAUAUAAUAAGCUGCUCGUAAGUUUAUGCGCCGCCGGCAACACUCUCGUCUGCAGUGGCAAAGCAUUCGUACGAGUGGAGAUUGGAAAAUAGCGAUUCUUAUUAUAUUGUUGGCACGUUUUCAACGGGAAGUACGCAUUUGAUGGAAACUAUACUCGAUGACAUUUUGUUUCAGGGAUGCUAUAGUGAUAUAGGAUAUAGUGCAGUGUAGCUACGCGCUUGUCAUUGAUUUUCGUUUUAUUUCCAACGGUAGUGGCACUCAAGUUUUAUAGGCAUUUCUGUGAUGAUGUUUUGCUGAGAUAUUAUACCUAUAGAUAUUCAUGAAUAGAGGAAUAAUAUAUUGUUAUAGAUACAAUUAGAAUAGAAUAUUGGCCAAAAAUCGAAAUUGACUUCGAGUGUCGAGCACACAUAAUAUUAUUUGUCUAUUCUAGAGAAGCGUACAAUAUUCAAUAACUGUACGAGUAGGAAAAAAAAUGUCUGAAAAAACAGAAUAAUAUCUAUACAAGCAAAAUUGUAUUUAAUGCUACCGUGUAAUAAAACCAAGAUAAUAAAUAAGUGUGGAAAUUAUUUUUAGUGUUCGAAAAAUUGUUAGAAUACCAUUUGUAUUGUACAUUAUUGUUAUAUGUGUCCAGUCUGUUGGGCGUCUUCGUGUUAUUACGUUGUUGAUGUUUGUAUCGUCUGGAGAUUUCAAAAAAAAAAGUAUUACCAUAAUCGUUUGUCGUCUGCUAUUUAUUAUGCUUACUUCUUGGUCUCGAGUAUACAAUAUUUGGACAUUCGUCGUGACCCAUGUCGUCAUUUAGUCUACGUAUAUUUGUAUGAAAUACAAUCUGGUCAGUAUAUUGUGUUUACUUAAAUAACAAUUGUAUUCUCUUUUUUUCCUACGCGUUAUAUUUUAGUUUGCUUUCAAUAUCUAAACAUAUUAUUACAAUAUUUUAACUGUGACACUAAUCUAUGGUUUUAAUUUUUUUUUUUGCAUUGAUUUCAUAAAGUCUUUUUUUUCUUAAUUUCGAAUUUUUUUUUCUAACCAAAAUAAUCGCUGUUUUAAUAAUCUUACAUUUUAACUGAAUAAGAUAGUCGAGGUAAACUAAUACAAAUGAGUUGUCUACAGUAGUCUAAUUUUUUUUUUUAUAUUCCGCUCCAAUAAGUUUAUCAAAAUAAAUUGACUUUAAAAAAAAAUAAAAUACUCUGGUAAAAUAAAUAAUAAAACGGUCAUAAAUGUAGUACGAGAUAAACUUUUUUUUGAAUCGCAAUAAAUCGUAGACGCUUAUAAAGACACGAUCAAUUUGUUCGCUACCCUUUGGAGCUUUUAAAGGUACUACUCGCGUAGACCAUUUUUUUGAAUACGAUUAAAAUACGAAAAAAAUUACUACCUGACUCUUGUUUGACGAUACCGGUAAAUUAUAAACCUUUCUACUAGUUAACUAGAUUUUGAAUGCCUUUCAUAACACAAGUACAUCGAUAAAUUCUUGUCUAAAUUACUGAUUAAAGGACUUGUGCAAUUUGUUUACAUUACAUUACAUUAUAGAUAAAAAUAAAAAAAAAAAACGAAACAAAAUAAAAUUGUACACUAGUCCUCGAUGGUCUAUACAGUAUGGGUUAUUAAGUAUUUUAAAUAAGUCCAUAAAUUUAAAAUGUUUUAAAGAUCAACAAAUUAAAUUAAAAUAACUAAUAUGUGCUAAAAAAUAAAGAUAUUUAUAAUUCAGUUCUUAUUUAUUUUUAAAAUAUAAAUUAAAAUAAACAGGCUCUAUUACUUUUAGAUAAAGCAGUAAUAUUUUUUCAAAUAUACUUCAAAACCGAACUUCACGGUCAAUAGACAUUUCCCUAUUUCGUCUUAAAUAAUUACUUUCUCUUAUAUUAGAUAACCUGAUUUCCCGUUCGUUUUUGGUUUCAUCAUUAAGAUGUAAACGUUUUCUGCUUGCAUUUCUGGUUUCUGGUACUACGACCUAUUUAACUAUUUGACCGGCUUCUUCAUAGCAUAAUUGAUUGAUAACAUAAGGAUAACAAUUAAAUGUAAAAAUCUAAAUAAAAUAAUGAAAUACAGAUAUGCAGACGCGGAAAGCGACUUUGUUAUAUACUAUGUAUAAAAAAAUAAUUAAUAACAGUUUAUUUUUAAAUCAUGUUACAAAGGUAAUCCACAAAAAACAUUCUAGUGUAUGGUAUUCAAUAGCAAGUAAAUUUCAAUAGAAGUAGGUAAUUUUAUUUUAUGCAUUAUUUAAUAUUAUUGAAAUUACGAACAUACGAAAUACGACCGCGAUAUAAUGCGAACUGACCAAUUAUUUGUUAUUUGUCCAUGUUGAACAAAUAUGCAUUAAAACCAACAAAAUGAGCGAACAAUACAAAAAAUGCUAAUAAAAAACCGUUGAAAUUUUGCAAAAAUAUGCAAAAUAAAAGUUUCAGCUUUGAAACACCCGUUACAUGAAAGGAAUUAUGUACUUGGAAAGCAUUGUCUAAGAUAAAAAAAAAAAUAUAUACUUUGCAUUGAAGUCGGUAGAGUAAGAUAAAAAGGGGAAUUUAAUAUACAUCCGUACGCAACGAUUAAUCACCAAAACAACUGUACUGAGCAGAGUUCGGUUAUAGAUACAUGGUUUGAAUGGUCGUAGGAAAUAUUUAUGACUUUUGUCAAAAUUUAAUAUUCGAGUUCUUUUAAAAAAAAAAAAAAAAAAUACUAUAUUAAACUCAACGUUUUCUUGUAAGCAACUAAUUACAAUUUAUAAUGAACUUUUUGUUAAAUUUUCAAACAUUUCUGUUUGGUCUAACGAUUUUAUCAAAAUAAUACCUACCGAAUAAAAUUUAAAUGAAAAAUUUCCAAAAUUAUAAUGUUUAUUAGCUCAGUUAUAGCUCAAAAAUGGCUCAAAUUUUUUUUAAAUUAUCCAAUUCCCAUAUCAUCAUCACAUAUGCCCGCCAUUUUCAAUCCUUUACCAUCGCAUCCAACCACCUCUUUUUUGAUCAUUCUGUCUCCUAUUUUCUCCUAUGUUUAUUUUCAUAAUAAUACUUACCACUCCUGAUUCAUCUCCUCAUGAUCCAAUCAUCUGUCAGUUUUCUCUCAUUUUGCUCACUAUUGAAGCCACACCUAAUGUAUUUUCUAUUAUUACUCCACCUCUGUCAUAUAUCUAAUUUUUCAUUUCUAUUUUUCAGUUUAUCAUCUAACACUGCGAACCAUACACCAUGCUCAUCUCAUGAAACACUUGACGCUUAGCUUCACUUAACCCAACUGAACUUAAUCCUAUGGUUCAUAUAUUUAUCAAAGCUACCGUUAUUUUAUAUAAAAUGUUAGGAAAACAAAAAAAAAAAACAACUUUCUGAGUGAGGAAUUAGAUCUAAAAUUGAACAAUAAAGAAGUUUUUGUAAUUUUUGAUUAAAGCAAUAUUUUUUUGGUAGAAACAAUAGUUCGCAAAAAUUAAAAACAAUGAAAUAGGUAUCGCCACGCUGUAAAUAUUUGUCGUUUUACCUAUAAUAUUCUUUUGGGUUUUUUUCAAAUUAUUUUGAAAACCCCUUGGAAAAUCAAAAUAUAUUAAUUUUAUUACACCAUCUAGAUACAAUUUUCUAACAGUAAAUGCGCUUUACUUGGUACUUUAGAGCAAGAUUUCUUUUUGAAAAGUUGUUUACAGAUAUAAAAAAAAUACACACAUAUUAUAGUAAAACCAAUAGAUCCUUCGCCACGCUCCAAAUCUAAAUCUAAAAAUUUGAUAGGCAUUAAAAUACCUAUCGAUUUCCUCACAUAGAUUAACCUUUCAGAGAUUAUUUAUUAUAUUAUAUUAAUAAUGUAAUAAUAACUUUGAGUUCCUACGUCUACUUACAGAUAUGAACAUUUUGUUUGUAAUUUGUAGGAGUAUUCACUUACUCGAACUGUGGAAAACUUAAGUGUAAUACUGUAAUAAAUUCAGUAACUAAAACUUGUUUUGAAAGAGUCGAGUUAUUUUUCAAUAAUUUUUGGUAAAUAAGGAAGCAAAUAUGUUGUAAUAAUUUACCGAUUUGUAUAACGAAUGUACAAGUACCAUUGUUGUUAUGUACACAAAAAAAACUUUCUAUACCACUAUUAAAAUAAGAAAAGUUAUGAUUGUAUAGUAGUAUAUUAGUAGAAAAAAAUAAUAUUUUAUUUUUUACCUUGGUAUCUAACAAUAAUACAUCAAUAUAAUACAUAAUAAAUGGAACUAUAUUAAGAUUUUUGGAAUUAUAUAGUUAUAGAAUUGCUCAUCUAGUUGGUGUAUUGAGGAGAUCAUUUUUUAAUCGUUUUGAUAGAAUAGUUUUUUCUAAGGUUUAACGUUGCGUAUAGAUAAUAUUUAAAUUAUUCUAUAUUAUAUCCUCCCCACCAAUUUCUCUCCUAAAACAGUCGUACACCCAUCAGCAGUAUCAGUCUUUCGAUAGCUUUGGAUUUAUUUUACAUGUAUAUGUAUUAUUAGUUUAUAACAUUAUGACAUUAUGUAUCUAUCUAUAGAUUAAGUAAUAUAAACAAUGGUAAAUAAAGAUUACAUUCGCUAUUGUUAGUAUUUUUAUGAAAAUAAAUUUGUUUGUUUCCAGAGUCGUCCGCGGUGACAUGGGUAAUUGCCGGUGGUGGACAAGCGUUACGAUGAUUCUUCUGUUAGCGUUCCUGCAGCAGUCUCCGUCGGUAACGGGUUCGGACACUUGGCAAAAACCCGGUUGCCACAAAGUCGGUGAGUAUAUACUAUCCGUUGAAUUUGCUGUAUUUCCCACAAAAAUAUGUACCAUUAUAAUAUUAUAAUUUUUUAAUCUAGUUUAGGAAAGGUUUUUCAUCUAAUGAAUUCAUGGUGAAAAUUUAAUAUCGGGUCACCAUUGUGAGCCGAUAUUAAAUUUUUCCGAAAUCAGAUAUUCCGAUGUAUAAUCGAUACCUGAUUUGAAAUUAAAACCACAAUUUGAUAUUGAAAUUAAAUUUAUUGAAAAUACCUAUACUAGUCAAAAAUCCGAUUUUAUAAACGCUUGUUAAUAUUCUAGAAACACUAAAGAUACUUUUUCCGAAACCCCGUCAUUCAGUAUUCUGAUAUCUUCAUUACAAUCGGCUUAUGUUGAUUAUAUUUAUUUCAGAUAAAACUUUUAAAAUAACAUCACCAAAAUAUUUAGGUUAUUAGUGUUGUCUACAAUCGAAUAAUCACUAUCAAACUAAUCCAUAGUUAAUAGAAUUCAGACUGUUUAAUAGAUUAAACACUGUUCAAAUAUUUUAUCCAGUUACGGAAUAAAAACUAUUUUUAAUAGUUCUUUAAAAUUAUCGAUAGUUUUCCAAAAUAACACCAUUCGGCCACGAAACAAAUUAUUCGAAUGAAACGUUUGAUAAUUCAUCUACAUGAUCGAAAAAUAUCGAUUGUGUAAGCUAUUUGGAAGUGUUCGUUACUAUGUUAUACACAGGUUUAUUAAUACAACUUCCAGACACGUGUCCGUUUAAAACGGUUUGUAUUAAUUUUCGAAAAAUAAUUUUUCAUUCAGGUGCCGCCGAGGACCUGUCUCCUGUGCCUAAACUCGAGGGAUAUUAUUGUAAACAUUUUGGGAGUCCGCGGUGGCAUUAUCCCGGGAAACUGGACAUUUAAUCUUCUCGGUCCGUUAAUUCGGAACUUGGCACUUAAUACUCUCCGUUGUCGUCGUUUAUUACACGAUUGUCAUCGUUGCGGCCGUCGAGACGCCACCGGCUAAUGAGUCGUUUCCGAGAAAAAAAAAACAAUAUUUCCCCUUUUUAUUUUCAUUGUUUCUAUUUACUUAUAAAAGACCAUUUAUAUUUUCAACGGCACACGACGAGGUGGCGACCCGUUUUCCAACAGCCGUUAAUGAACGUUCGGAACGAUUUGCACUCCGUUCACGUAUUAAAAAGUAACGAGUCCAACGCCCCGACUCGUAGGCGACGAUUUCGCGAUUUUUCUUUAGUGUUCACAUCCCACGCGGUAAUAUUAAUUUAUUCGAUACAAGUACACCAAAAAUCCGUUUAUUCGUCGUUAAGUACCAGUAGAUUAUCAAUUGUUACGACGGUAAUUAUUAUUAGUACAGUAUAUCUAAUAAAAACAAUAAUCGUUAUAUAGAAUCCGUUGCAGCUUUGCUAUGUUGUGUUCUUUUUAUUCUCUUGGCGGAUAAUAUUAUUUGGGAACGGCAAAAUAUUGCUCUAAAAACAUAUCACAAGGAGACUGUAGUUUAUUUUUCAUAGAUCGCGUAUGAUAUUUUAAACAAAAAACAUGAUUUUUUCAACAGCUCCCUUUGGUGUACUUUUUUUUUUUUUUUGACGGUGAAACAAUAAUGAUAAUAAUUUGUCUGUAAAUAAAUUUAAUAACUACGAACGUUAGCAUAUUUUUGACAGAUAGUAAUUUUUGAUGUAAGUUGAAAACCAGGUUAUUGUAUCAAUUAAUAAUAAUAAUAAGUUCUCUAAAUUAUCAAAUUAAUUGCAUAUAAACAAAUUCAAUCUUUUAGUUUUGGUCAUAUUAUAUUGACAGCGUAAUAUUACUACCUUAAUAAAAUUUAAAAAAAAAACAACAACCAUUUUUAAUGAUAUCAAUUAUACAAUUUAUUGUAUCUAGUUUACUCUUCUUAGAAUCGUUUUUGAAAGCAGAAAUUUAUCAGUUUUAGCAAUAUUCAAUAAAAAUGACAACAGUAGAUUGAUAAUUUUUUGUAGAAGUAAUAUUUAAAAAUCAAUUUUGGUGUAUGUACUAGAAAAUGGUUAUUAUUGAUACCACUUUGAAUUUAUUCGUAUAAAUAAACAUUUUUGUUGAGUGGUAUAUACAUCGAAAUUCAAAAUACUUAUACUAUACAAUUUAAAAAAAAAAAAAAACUUUAGAUUACAUCUUCUAGUUAAAGAGUUUUUUAUUAUAGAAUGUUUUUAGAACACAAAACAUGUAUUUUAGGAAUUACUUUGAAUAAAGUAUGUAAGACAAAUGGUGGGUGUUAUUUGAAUUUUAAAUAUUGAGUUUCAAACCCAACCCACGCAUGGAAAUACCCUUAUAGGUAUACAAUUUGUUAAAUUUAAUAAUAUGUUCAUUUUAUAACAUUAUUGUAUGGAAUUGUCCAAACUUUUGUGUACAUGCAAAGUGUAUACCUACCCGUAGUAGAAGGCUAAUAGAAGCACGAAAAAUAAUAUGAAUAAGAUACGAACUAUAUUAUACUAAUACUAUAAAUAAGUAUUGAAGAAACUAUCAGCAUUUGAUGAUUUUCAUACAAUAAAUAUAAUUAAAAAAAAAAAUGUAUAUUUUGUGAAUGCACUAGUUUGAUUUUUUUUUUUUAAUUAUACAACUAUUAAAUACUCAAAAACUCUACUCGUAGAAUUUCAAUUAAUCAUAUUCCGCAUUUCAAAGUAGGUUUUGAGUUUUAACAAACAUAAUAUUAAAAAAAUCACGUAAAGAAAUAUAAGUAGUAGUGAAGUAUUGUUUUGGACAUAUAAAUGUAUUCUUAUCCCACUAUUUCCACGAGUAGAUCUGGUUCGUAGGAUGGCGGUGAAAGGGGCACAAAAAUAUCAAAAAAAGAUUUUUAUUUAAUCUUCAAUAUAUGAACAAUACUUGUAUGUAAUAAUGUUUUAUUUUAUUGUUUUUGAAAUAUAACAUUUUUUUGUUUUAUAUAUUCGGAGUGUAGCGAACAGAAACUUUCAGUUUGAUUAAGAUUUCAUUAAGUGUUUCUUUUUUCUUCAGAAAACACUUUUUCAGUAACCUAUUCAAAAUAUUUCGAUUUUAUCACAUUACAUGCACAUUAAAAGAUUCAAAAUUUUCGCUUUCUGGUAUUGUAUUUGAUACAUAUUUCUAUAGACUUCUAACAGUUUUUUUAAAUUUGUUUUUCAAAUCUGAAGACAAAAUGUGUUGAUACAUAUAUCGAUAAGUCGUUUUAUUUCUGUUAGUUUCGGGAUUAUCUUUUUGGCUAUCAUGGGGAAAAACACGACAAACAUUAUAACCUUAACAGUUUAUUAAACUUUGCUCAGAAUAUUUAUUUGUAUAAUGAUUUAUGGUUUAGUUCAGUAUAUUAUUAACUGAAUUACUGAACUUUCUAAAUUUCUCACAUACGAAUGCAGCCCACAUCUACCACUUUUUGAAGAGUUUUUGCAUUUUUCCUUGUUUACCAAUACCAAUCACAUGAUAUUAAUAAUUACUACUCCGUUUUAGGUCACACGAGGAAAAUCAGCAUACCUAACUGCGUGGAGUUUCACAUUACGACUAAUGCUUGCCGAGGGUACUGCGAAUCAUGGGCAGUGCCGUCGCCGGCGGAUACGGUGAUGAUCAACCCGCAUCAGCGAAUCACGUCCGUGGGUCAGUGUUGCAACAUCAUGGAAACCGAAGACGUGAGUUUUUAGCGGUGUAAUAUUAAUAUUAAUAGGUUAACUAUUUUAAAAUAUUAUUAAUAUUAUACGUAUAAAUAAAGACGAUUUAAAAUAAUAUGACUAUGUUUAGACAUAAAUUAAACAAAGAAAUAUUGACAGCUUUUAUAAUAUAAACUAAUCUUUUAUUCGAAUAAAUCCUUGAUAUUUUAUUCGUAGUUAUACACAGUUAAAAAAACCACAUGCCAUUUGAAAUGUGAUUAAAUUUAAUACAAAAAUGUAUACUUAUCGUCCCGUACCACAUUGUAAAAUUCUAAAAUAAACAUGGAAAUUCUACAAUAAUAUCGGACAUAAUGUCCAAAUAAUAAACAUAUUUAUUGGUGAAAUGUUAAAAAUAUUUAAAAUAAAAGUGUUUGUUUGUCUGUUAGUGCGCAAUCUACAGCCGAAUCUGUCGCCCGUAGAGGUUAGGAAAUAUGCACACAAAAGUGAAUGAAAGUAGUCCAUUUUUACUCAUUGAAGUCAUUACAGAAACUCAACAUUUUUCAUAAGGAAGCUGUCACAGAGUUUUGGCAAUUUUCGCAAAGAUAAUCGAAUUAUUUUUGUUGAUUUAUGAGUUGCCUUGGUGAUUCGGAUGAAAUAAACCAAAAAUAAUAUUAUUAUAGUUACCUAAAUUGGUUGUUACCACCUACCUAUUUUACAAAGGUUCACUGCAAUAUGGGUGGGGAUAGAAAGGCGGAAACACGCUAAAUUGAAUUAAUUUUGGAGUUUCGAUUCAAACAAUUUGAAAAAGUUUUUUAAUCAAUAUGAGUUUUAAUGUUAUACUUUAAACGAAAAUGUAUAUAAAAAAAACUUAAUCGGUGUACCUACUGGAAUACGAAUAAUAAGAACAUAAUAAAAUGUGUCUCGGUAUAAUUUUUUCCUAAAUUUUUGAAAAAUACGAGUAAGUAAGUAUAUUAGAUACCUAUACAAAUAUACAAUUCUUAUUUCCAGACCGGCCACUUCGCCCCUGGUAAUCAGUAUCUAUCGUAACUGUUGUUCAUUAUUUAAUUUUUUGUUUUAACUAUUUUUUUUAUUCCAUCCUUAUAUCCAAGGUAACUUAUAAAUCAGUUUUGCAUCAGUCCCUCUUUUGGAGUUUAAUUCAGUUGUUAAACAAUAAAAUAAAAUAAAAAUAGCCUAUUAUUAUGUCAUUUCUGGUUUAAAACUACAUCUGUAUAAAGUUUUAGGUGUAUGUUUAUCGAUUCUUUAAGAAACUCAGGUAAUAUAUCAGUAUCCACGGUAGAUGAAUACGAACCCUCGGUCAGAAAAUAAGCAUAAAUGCCGAUUGUUUUUAGUGAUAGAACUUACGAUCAGGUAAACCUCGUGCAUCGCGGUCAAGAGUGAACCUUAUGCAUUUAAAACUAUUCGUUUUCUUUGUACUAUAAUUUGUGUACGUUUCAUAGAAUUAUUCAACAAUGGAGUUACAGACAAGAUCGCAUUGAUGUUUUAUUUUAUUUUUUUUAAAAAAAAAAUAAAUUCGACGUUUUCGGAAAAAUGAAAGUUCCGAAUUAUUCUGUUUAACCAAACUUAUAGGUACGACUGAAUACAUUUUCAUGUUCCUAGAAAAAAUGGGUGUUUUGUUAAACAAAAAAAAAAAAAAAUAAAUAAAUAAUAAUAAAAAUAAAAAUAAUAGUCCAAAUAACAUGUAUUGGAAUAGAUUGGAUACUCGUAUUUUGUUUUAAAUUAGGUAUAAAUAAAAUUAUGUAUUUCACUUGUAGACAUUAUAUGCAUAUAUAAACAAAAAUAUAUUAUUACAAUACAUGAUUUUUAUCUCGCAAUUUUAUUUUGAAUAUUGAAUAAUUUACAUUUAGUAUAAUAAUAUAAUAUAUUUAUUACGACAUUUUUAUUAUUCUUAAUAAUCGGUUCGCAUUGUAUGAUAAAUAUAUUCCGAGUGUACACGAUAUUAUUACUAAUAAAUUUAAUACAACAUUAAGUUUACGUUGAACUAUCCAAAUGAAAAAAUAAAGAAAUCAAAUUUAAAAGUUAAAACGUCGUUUCAGAAAUGCACACUUUUAGUACUAUUUUACACAAACACACACACACACACACACACACACACACACACACACAUAUAUAUAUAUAUAUAUAUAUGUGCCAUCCCGAUGUAAAUCGAGUUAAAUGAUGUUUCAUGAAUAUAAAUGGUGAGCAUAUCUCCCCGUUGUAACUUAGCGUCGUUCGGUAUAAACGCGAACUAAAGUCGAAUAUAUUUUUCACGGUAGGUGUAUUGUAAAAUCAAAAAUUCCGAGUGCACAAUUUGGCUACUAUAUUUUUCGUACGGGAAUUGUUAGACGUUUAAUUUCGAGUAAUUAUUACAUAGGUAUAAAAUAUGCGCAUUGUGUUUAAUGAACAUUUUCACGUUGAAUUUCUUCUCUCGCAUAUUUUCUACGUCAUCAUAGUUAUUACGCUCUAAUACAGUACCUAGUACGCGCGCGUACGUUUUUUAAUUAAAUCGAUAGUCUCGUAUAAGUGACAACAGACAAAAAGACAGAAAGUGAUAAACUUAUGGUUUUUAUACGGAAAAACAGCGUGUUCUAUAAAGUUUAUAUUAUUAUUAUUAAAACCCUUAGCGUACAGGAAUUCCGAUUAAAAUAUUCCGUAAACAUUUGACGAAAACUGAAAAUAGUAGCAUUAUUAUACCUGUAACAACUGUAUUUGCAAUAUUGCGUAUUUUAAUUAUAUAAUAAUGACAAUAUUAUAUUCGGUAUGAAAGGUUAUCUGAUUGGCGGGUCAAAUAUUGUAGUAAUUAAAAUGUAUAAAAUAUAUUUGAAAAGUCGGAGGAAUAACAACAUAUUGUACCAAAUAUUUUAUACGGAAUGCGAAAGUUAACUCGACAAGGACAACGCAACAAUAUUUUCACGUUUGAAUGGCGGCAUUUCUCGUUUAUUGCCAUUCGACUUGACAAAACCGUUAUUAAAUUUUCACCUGUUGCGGUAUACUCGCCGUUAUUCCGGAAAUAAAUGCCAGUAAAAAUAUAGAUUUGCACCUGUAAUAUGUUAUUAUACAAGUAUACUAGGUUGUAACUCAAAAUUAAAAUUUGAAUUCACUUGACACUAUCAUUUUUUUUUUUUUAAUGUUCUUUAUUUAUUUUUUAUUUCCGUAUGCGUUUUUUUAUUCAUGUACGUAAUAAUAUUUCACGAAUUAUAAUAUUUUUGAAAUAUACUUUUCAGAAAUCACUAAAUACUUAUUGUAAUAGGUAUGUGAUAAAAUGCUCGUACAAUUUCACAUUUCAAAAAUAUAAUUGAUUCGAAUUGGUAUGGAAAUUCAUUGGCUUUCCGAAUAAAAGUACGAGUUUAAUAACAUAUCCGAACUUACAGAAUUCGGUUUUAGUUUAUAAAAUCUGUGUACGCACGUAUGCAUUAUAAAGCGUGUGUAAUCGGUGACUGAAACGUAAUGAGUUAUUCUUGAUAACAGUGAUAACCAUGGUCGUAUACAACGAGAAUUUUCAACAAGUUUUCUUUCGUUUUAAUGGCAUUUUAACUUGACCUAAUUUUAUCGGACCCAACCUUGUUAAAUUUUCACCUGUUGCGGUAUUUUACCGUCAUAACGAUAAUAUUUAUAUAGAAUUGAUUUUAUUGUCAUAAAAUAUCCAAGAUAUGCACUUAAUUUAAUUCAAAUUUGUAUAAAAAAAAAAUCAAAAUACGUUAUCAUAUUACAAAAAAAAAAAAAAAAAUUAAAUACAACGAUAAAACCGAAAAUAAUAGAAGCCAUUAUUGCGUAAAUAUUUCUAUUUUUUUUGUUUUUUUUAUUGGUUUCCAGUAUUAAGCCAAUUAUGAGGAAUAUUAAAAUAUUAUCUUCCCAUUGCACCAACUAGACACAAAGUUUUACCAGAAAACACCAAUGAUGUUUAUAAUCGCAUCAGGAUUUACGGUAGAAAACACAAAAUAAAAAAUAAUACAUCAUAUUAAAAUCAAUGCAGCUGUCUUAAACUAUGCUUAUAAUUAUAAAUUUAAAAACACAUCUUGGAAAAAAUUUUAAUUUCCCAAAUAUUUGUUAAAUAAUAAUAUGUAUUUAUAUCCCAAUAUGGAAAAAUAUUAAAAAUUGAAUUUAAAUUAAUAAAAUAAAAUAAAUUUAAUUUAAUUUAACCAAUUAAAAGUAUGUAAUUAUAAUAAAAUCUGUUCAAUUUUAAUAUUAUACCAAAUCAUUCAGUAAAAAAAAAAAAGAAAAGAAGAAUAACAACGAAAUACCAAUAAGGGACGGACUUCGGGGUAACGACGAAAGGCUUUGAAAUGGCUUGUAAAUACUGAGAGAGAGAGACAGAUAUUUGCUCGGUAUCUUUAGUAGUCGAUGACGGAGUUAACUCGUUUACUUCGUCUCUGUCGCCCGAGGGCCUUGAAAGUCGCAAAGGCUGGGCUACACGUAUUACCAACAAACACACACGUAGCUUUCGUUUUGGGUCCGGUUGCAUUUAUUUUUUAAAAAAAAAAAAAGUGUUUACCAAAGCGUCGUCGAAUCGUGGCCGGAAGGAUUCGUACGGGUAAUUUCCCCGGGGUUCUUCGUACAAAUCUAUACAGGGUGUUUCACCGUGACCGAUAUCCCUGUAUAUAACGUUUUAUUUUUAUAUAAAUAUUAAAUAUAAUAUAUAUAUAUAUUUUGUAAAUCUUUCAUAAAUUAUUUUUGCGUUCGAAUAUAUUGAAUUUGUAAAAUUUGUAGCGAUCCUGUAUAUUUCGAGAAAAGAUUUGUGUUAUUUAACGAAUAUGUAUAAUUUAAUGUAUAAGUGAGUUUUGGCUCUUGUGCAGUGUACUCGAUAAUGGCCUUUGCUAAACUCAAACGCAUUAACUAUAAUAAUUUAUAGAUUCUUGUUGGAGCAACAACAUCAUGGUUUGCCUAGUUAAUAUGUUGUAUUUUUUAUUUAAAUAUUUUUUUUUCUGUCUGUUAAACGAUUUUACGUAGAAAAAACUAUUAUUACUUGCUUCAACCGGAAAAAAACCAUUACGAGAACGGUUGUGUUAUUGAUCCAGUCAAUGCAUUCAGGAGGUCAUUUUUUGAAAUACAAAGCAUUUUUGUGUUAUGAAAAAACCAAUGAUAAAAUAUAAUUUCGACGAUCACCGGUUUUCGUAAAAUAUACAAGGCACAUGAAUCAGACCUGAUAAUCAUGCAGGACGUAUUGUACAAUUUUUGUCCGGCUGCUUGAAUUUCGGACUCAUUUUGUUUAUUUAUAUAAAUCCUUUGAUUACAUCACGAGCAUAUUUUUAAGAUAUCGCAGAAAACACAUUUUUUCUCCUAUUAAAAAACCGCAUUUGCGAAUUUAUUUAGAUAACAAAUCACGUAUAUAGGUUCUAUUAUGUUUAAUUAAGUGUAACUCUGGAAAAUAUUUUAUUAAUUUCAUCAACUAAUACCAGUGAAAAUACGCACGUGCAACUGUAAUAAAUUAUUUUAUGAGUUUAUUAGGUUGUAACUCAAAAUCCAAAUUUAGAUUCACGAGACAAUAUGAAUUUUUAAUAUUCUCUGUUUAUUUUUAAUUUCCGUAGUUUUUGUUUUUGUACAAAAUCAGUUUUACUUAUAUUUCACGAAAUUUUAGGUUCAUAGCAUAGCUAGAGAUUUAUUAAUUAUACUAUGAUGUGUUUUUAUUUUUGUAUUUUGUCAUUUUAUUAUUACUUCUUUUUUCUGUCUGUAAACCAUUUUUUGAAAAGAAAACGUGCUCCGAUGAAUCAAGUGUAGAUACUUUUUUAAAACAAAAUUUUACCUAGUUGGUGGUAAUUAGGAAGUUUUUUUUUAAUUUGCCUAAAAGAUUUUUAAAAUAAUUAUAGGAAAAGCCUGAAAGAAAAUUAUAGGUAAAAUGUAAAUAUUUACGGCACGCCACGGUGUUACCGAUUUCAUUGUUUUUAAAUUUUGCAAGCUAUUUUCUACCAGAAAUAUUGCUACAAUAGAAAAACGAGAAAAGAUCUUUUUUGGUGAAUUUUGAAUCUAAAUGUACACAAAAAAAGUGGUAGUUUGAUUUUCCAAAUGAUUUUUUUUUUUAAUUAUUAAACUAAACCGAAAAAAAAACAUAGAAAAAAAGGAAAAAUUUACGAAACUAUUGAUUUUAUUAAUUUAUAUUUUAUUUUUUGUUUUAUUUCAGUUUAAAAUAUUCAUAGAGAUUUAAAAUUUGGAUAGAUAACUUAUUAACUGAUAUUUGAAUUUUCUAGAUGUGGUAAAACUUUCUUAACAUUUGAGAAAGUUUUGAACAAUUAAUUGAAAUUUUAAUUUUGCGAGUUUUUUAUACGUAAUUUAUAUUUAUCUCUGUAACUCUCUUAUAAAAUUGUUAGAUUAAAUAGAAACACUUGGAAAUUUAACAGGGUAUUCAUUAUAAAUGACAAUUAGUGGUGACAAGAAAAAUUGAGUUUAAUAUAGUAUUUUUUUUUCAUAAUAGUUUUGAAAUCAAAUGUUGACGAAAAUUAUAAAUAUUACGGCCUUUCAAAACUUGUGUAAUCGAACUAUGCUCCGAAUUGUUUUUCGUUAGCAAUAGUUUAUCGUUGCAAACAGAUAUCAAUUAAAUAACUUUAUGUAUUCUACCUUCCUUUAUGCAUUCUAGCCUCCUACCAACAAUAAUAUAAUUUGUUCCAGCAGAUACGGAAAUUCAUUGGCUUCUGAAUGAAAACAUAAUAACAUCCUGAUUUUUGUUUAUAAAAUAUGUAAGUUAAAAUACGUAUACGUUUAAGCGCAUAUAAUCGGUGACUAAAACGUAAUAGGUUAUUACUUAUAAGGUUAUAACUGAUAACAGUGAUAACCAAGAUUGUAUGCAGCGAGAAUUUUCCCAUUUGGAUUCGUAGUGUAUAAUAUAUUUUCUUCUGUGAUGCAUACACCAUAGAGGGAUUGUGUCUCAUCAUAAAACUUUUAUACAUAGUCAUCAUUUUUAAAAGGGAACAUGAAAAAUACAAAAAAUUAUUUAGCUGUAAGUACUUUAGGUAUUUAUAUACUUGUUCUAAGGAUUUCAACAUUUUUGACACAAUUAUAGUCGAACUCUCCACUACACAUUUCAUUGGUGAAUCAUAGUUUAGAUUUUUCAAUAGAAAAAUUUACUAUUAUUAUAAUUGAGAAAAUCACACUUUUAGCGUAACAGACUAUUAUAUUAUAAUAGUGAAAAUCAAAUAAUUAAAAGUAAUUUAGUUUAAUGUGAAUUAUCGAAAAAUGAGGAUAUAGUUAAACAUGAUUCAAUUUGAAAAUAUACAAAUAUUAGGUCAAACUAAAUACUUAACGACUAUUCCAAUUCAUAGGCUCGUACGAUAGUCGACUAUUAUACAUAAUAUAAUAUUCUAAUUUACAAAUACAUUGCUUUAAAAUACAUAACGAUUAAAAAGUUACGUAAAAAUUAAAAAUAAAUAGAUGUGUUAUUAUAAUGUAAUAUAAAAUGGAAAUUACACAUGCAGUUGAAAUUAUUAUAAGCCACAUUCUUCAAAAAUUCAAAUAGUCAUUAUACCGUCAAGAAUAUUUAUCAAAUUUUAAUUUUAAAAAUAAAAGGUUCAAUAUUUAUAUAUUUAUUGUAUAUAUAUAUAUAUAUAUAUAAAUUUUAGAUAUAUUCGUAUAUUAGAUAAAUACAAAUUGUAAAUUUUUUGCGUUUAAUUGACUAGAGAUAUUUUUUUGAUGCGUUUUUUUUUUUACUAGUGAAAUUGGUUUUCAAUGUAUUUGACUUCGAUAAAUUUUCGUUUUUAACCUUACGGUAAAACUUUCGUUGUACUCAAUUUUCUCCUUCUCACUGGCAAUAAUAGUCCGUCAUCGGUCGGAUUUGCAACAAUGCAAAUGGAUUUUUUAUAAAAUUUAAAAUUUAAAAUCAUUUUUGUUUACAAUAUAAGUGUUGUUUUCUCCGUCUUUCUCCGACCCAGAGUCCAAACCGUACGUAUAUUUUUACCGAAAUGGUUAUUGGAGCAUUUAAUUAUGCUAAUCGAGUGUAUGGUAUCCGGUUACUAAAAUAUAGAACAGCGUGGCUGGUCGUUAUAAAAUUAUGAAUAAUGUGAAGAGCUGAUUUACCCGAUUGGCCGUAAAAAUAAAAUUACGAUAUUCAAUUGUAAUAUACAGAGUGGCCCAAUUGUCAGUUUUCGUUUUAUCAAAACACUGGCCCAUGUUAAUUUUGUACAAAUUUGCUUGCGAAAAAUCGGUCUGCAGCCACUUAUAUGAGUGGACUUGCCAUCGAUCAUAAUGUCGUGAUCGAUAAUGAUCCAUGAUCCAUAAUGAUAAAAUAAAGAUGGAAACAUGACGAAUCGUUUACAUACUAGAGAAAGUAAAUAUAAUGCCUCAUAGCCAGCAGGUAACACUGUUUAUUAUGGUGCGGUGAAAUUCUAGCAAUGUAUGUAAAUACAUUGCUAGAAUUCCCCCCUUCCUACUAUAACUCAUGAUUUCCAUGACAGCAGCACCUAAACUAGAUAGCAUUGUUUGUUAUCACUUGUUUUUAUUGUUUUAAUUUAUAAUUUACAAAUAUUAUCAUGGCCUAGUGUAUCAAUAGCAAUUAAAUCAACCCGAUUUAACAGUAUAGGGCGGUUUGAGCCUGUCAUGGAGAUAUGGUCCUUUUUUUACGACAAUACUGUAACUAGGAAUGCAUACUACGAUGUUCUGAACGAUUACUUAUUCCCGAACUGCAAGAUAAUAAAUUUUAUAUGUAUCCAUUUUUUUUUUUUUUAUAUCGAAAUAAUGGGGGAACUUACUUUUGGGACAACCUGUAUAUAUAUGUAGAUAUUAUACGCAUAGGCAGCUAAAAAAGGUGGAAAAAGAGGAAAGUUGAAAAACAACGCCGGAGUCGCAUUACGGGAUUUAAUUAAAGCCGGACACCGGUUGGAUUGUCGAAGCGGGUUGAAUAACAGAUUUCAUUGAAUUUCUGCUGCAGUUGCAAAACGGAUAUAAUUAUGGGCCGACUAUGGUCGUUGUCUAAUAAAUUAGCGUCUAUUUUUAAUCAAGUGACCAUAUGUCAAAAAUACGGUUGUACUACUUCGCGCCAUGGGUGGGUCACUGUAAUUGGGAUGUUUGUACAUUUUAUUUAUCUGUAUGCAACGAUAGGUCAUUGCAAAGGAAAAUCGAUUCUGACGGAAGUUUUUUUUAAACAUGUUUUGAUAAACUCAAAUUUAAUAUAUUGUAGCUAUUAUAUACAUUUAAAUUGUCCGUGUUUUUUAAACAUGUAUUGGAAAUAAAUACUAAAUACGAAAAAUGACAUGAUUUCAAGUGCGUUCUGGCCAUCCGGGCUACAGGGGAUUUUUCAAUGGACUCCUCUCGUGUAGACCCUUAAUUUAUACACAUUUUCCUACUCUUGUUCCUUUAAAUAACCUAUUGCAGUUUUGUGAUUUCAUAGGUUAAUAGGUAGGUAGGAUGCUACCUGAUGAAUGUUUUUGACUUAUAUUUUUAAGUACUUAAGUCCUAUUUACUUAAUAAUUUUCCGGUACAAGAACCCAGUACGCACCUAUAUGAUUUAUAUGAUUUUCAUUAAAAUUUAAAAAUUAAACGCUUAUAAAGAAAAUCUGAAUUUGUUACAGUUUUUUUUUAUAAUUUUAUAGUGUAAUCAGAAUAAUUUAGAAUAAUUUUAGUUAUAAUACAUCUUGUUUGUUUUAACAUUUUGAAGAAAUCAACACAUUUUUAUAAAACAUGCAAAUUAAAUAAGAACUCAAAAAAUCGUGAUAACAUUUGGAAAUAUAUAGUAAAUAGUAUAUAAUAUUCGGUAAAAAUGUAUAAUUAAUUAAGUAAUUAAACUGUUUAAAACUGAAUUUCAUUAAAAAAACAAAACCAAAGUUAUUGUGUAAAUCAUUGUCUCGUUUUGUUCCUAAUUAUUAAAAAACUUCUAGGAAAGUUAUAAAACGAUUUUUUUGAUGCAUCAGCUAUACAAUAUUUUUGAGCAAAAAUCACUCUUAAAAAUGAUGACCGGAGCGAAAUGUCAAGUAGAAGAUUAAGAAAAACACACAUAUUAUAGUAAAAAUAAUAUAUUCCUUGCUUCAAUCAUAAUCAAAAAUAUAAAAUACCGUUUGACUUAUACAAGUAUAUAUAAAUUAAGUAUAUGGUUCGAUAAUUCGGUAAAUAUCUAAUGUGUUGUAAAGUUUUGUACGUCUUGUGAAAAAUAUCAAUGAAAAAUUGAAAUUUCGACGGUUUCUCGUAUAUAUACUUAUAACUAUAGUUUUAACUUAAAGUUUGGUCCAUUACAGUCCACGGGAAAACUAUAAAACGUGUGUUGAGUUGUUUCUUCGAUAUGAUAUUUUAUCUUAUUAUCAACGACGAUCUUUGCUCUACGCACAUGAGUUUUCAUACUUUUCAUGAGUUGUCUCGACUGCGAAAAUAUUUUGUCACUAUUAAUCAUAACGUGUUUUGGAAUUGUGUACGGCCAUUACUAUGUAUAUAUUCAUAAUUGUAACGUGGUGUAUUAUACAAUAAAGUGAAUACGCCACACAAACUUUGAACCGAGUACCAAUCAAGACAGAAAAUGUAUUCAAUCGAUCGAGCACUUCCAGUGCAAAAAGAUUUAAAAAAAAAAAAAAAAAAAAAAAAAAAAAAAUGAAUAAUACUAAAUAUAAAAGAUAUCUAGAAUAAGGUUCAGGUUUUAAACUGCAAGAAACGAUAAUCACAAAUGAAAUUCUAUGAAGAGAUCGGAGUCAAAUUCAUUGAUAAAUUUUAAUCAAGAAUUUUUAAGUUUGUUAAAAUCAAAUUAUUUUUACACUCAUUUCAAUUGUUCGGAUUUUUAACGAAGUUUAAUACAAAUUUGAACGUUUAUUAAAAAAACAAAUUUUGGAUAUUUUAAUAUUGUAAUUAUGUAUAUAAUAUUAAAAAUAUAUCGUUAGGUUAUGUGAAUCAUUGAGUCAAAUUUGCAUACAUUUAUUAAGUAUUUAAAAAUGUUGACCGGUAUUAGAAAAAAAAAACAAAACCCAUGUAAAAUAUGAAAAACUCGAAAAUGUCUAAUCGCUAUAAACAACUCAGAAUAUCACGCCUUAAAACUACACAAAGAGAUCUAAUUCUACAGGUAUUGACAUAAUAAAUUAGUGCUGUAUUUUGAUCAUAUUAAAAAAAGAAUAAUCGGAAUUGGUGCCAGUAUCGAAAAUCAAAAGACGAAUUUUCGGACCUGGUUAAAAAGCAGUAACUUUUCAGGAAUUGGCCUAUAUCUACUAAUAAUGCGCAUUCCUCGUUUCGUUCAGAAUCUAAAAAUAUAUUGACAAUAACACUUCCGAAUUAAAUAUUGUAUGAAAAUACUCAAAUACCUCGUAAAAAAAAAAAAAAUGUGGAAUACUAGGUAAAUACCAUCUUGACCCACUCAUAUAAAAUCGAUAAAAACAAAGACUUUCUUUUAAACAUUUAGUCGAAUGAAAUAAAUAUCAACAACUUUUUAUUGUUUUUCGACGAGUAUACAUUAUUAUUAUUGCUAGUUAUAAUAUUAUGAUACGCGUUUUUUUGUUAUUAUAUUAUAUUCACGGAUCGGCUGAAAAUUUAUUUUACGACGAUAAAACAAAAAAGUUACAAUAAACCACGCGUCAUAUUAUUAAUACGGUUUUACUGGGAACAAUAUAAUAUUACGACACGGCAGCUGAUCAUAUUUGAUACUAUACUAAUAUAUUAUUAUGAUGGAAACGCGUCUGUUCAAAUUGUGCGACGGAACCGCGUGCCGAAAAUAAAAGAGAGAAUCGAAUAAAACGAGCGAAAAGGUCUAACACCACCUACCGUAUGACUUCGAUGAAGUUUUCUGUUCAUAGUUGGAAAACGAGUAGAGCCAUUUAUCUUUUACUGUUACCAGUACGAUGUUAUAAUAGGUAGCGGAACACUGUCUUGGGGAAUUGGAUUUUAUAUUAUGAUAAAAGCAAUGGAAAAGUUUAAAAAAAUAAAUAUUAACGUACAAAAUAAAGUUAAUUUAAAACAAUAAUAUUGUAUGAUAAAUUGUUGAUAAACAUAUUUUUUAAUAUUUUUAAUAUUUUUAAAAACAUAGUAAAACAUUUUUCAUAAAUUAUUUUUCUUGACAAACAAGUAAUUUAUUUUAAUUUAUUUUGUAGUUUCAAAUUAAUACAAUGUUCAAUUUAAAUCUAUCAAUAUAUAUUUUAAUAUAAUCUCCGAAACACCGUCCAGAAUCGCUUUUCGUUUGUGAUUAUCAUAACUAUUUAACUUCCUUCCUACAAAAGUGGUUUACCCUUGGCGUUGUUUUUGUUUUUUUUUUUUAUAUAAACGAUUUUCAGUACGAUUAAUUUUAAUGUCCCGUGGUUCGUGGUUAAUAUAAUAAGCACAGUAAUUUAAUUAAUUCUGAUCGUAUUCCCGGUGGGUAUCCUUAUUACAAUAUUAUUUUAUUAUUAUAUAGUUCACCAUGUUGUGCAUUAUUUACAUCGAAUACCUACUUUAGAUCUAAUUCGUAUCUUUGUCGAUGAUAUCACGUGAUUUUAUCGGCCGCGUAUCAACGUUCCCUAUUCGAAACGAGUCACAGAUAUAAAUAGAAUCCUCAUUGAUCACACAAUUAUAAUAUCGAUAACGCGAUACUAGAUAAAGUGUUUUUUUAUCCGAUAUACCGUUCCAAAGAAGUUAUAGUGUCUUAAGUAUAAAAAAAAAAAAAAAAAUAAAAAAAAACCCAUUAAAUACUAAACGAAAAACUGCGACGGAUUUAGAUAAACCAGAAGGGAAGAAAUGAAAAAAAAAUUUGAUUCGAACUCAAUAAAAUGGAUUAUAAUAUUAUGGACGCUGGUUAAUAAUAAAGGUACCCACAACCCACCUACAAUACUUAAAACCAUGGUCUUAGAGGAUAAGGUCGAGUCUCUGGACUAUAUCAAAUUUAAAUAAAUAAUAAUAAUGUUAUGGUUAUUUAGUUACAAACAUUAUAAUACGUAGAGAAUCAUUUAAGAAAAAGUAAAUUUUCGACAAUUUAAAUAAAGUUUCGGUUUGUGGUGUUCUCGGAAAAAUUGGUAAAAAAGUGAACUAAAACUGUCUCGCGUCUAAGCGACAGCAACGUCCACACAGAGGAGGUAGCCUUUAUCCCGAACUUUACCUCCAGCUAUAAAACCGUUCUUAAAACGAAUAAUGUUGUGUCUGCAAAUCAUUCAGACGAUUCCAUUUAAAUCUGUGGCUUGUUUCGAGUAGGGUACGUUAGUACGCGUACCAGUCGCCGAAAUAUUGUAAUAUCGGAUCGGGUCCGGGUAGGCAACAAUAAUUUAACGAGAUACCACCCGGCGUCGGUCCACGAAUAUAUACCUAUCUAUCUACUUUUCACGUGCGGUAUUUCGCGGACGUCCCGUCGAGCGACCGACACAAUGCAAGUGUAAUUGAAUAUCCAAAUAGUGGAUAGGUAUGAAAACACGUGCCGAACGAAUAUUAUUAUUAUACUGUGACGUUUUUUUUCGGUCCGAAGGGCGCUAUUUUCGUAUAUAUCUCCGCCACACUAUCCGCUUUUUUUUUUCUUUCCAGAAUUUGUAUCAUUAAAAUUUUUGUUUCAAUUCAGUAUUCUUACGCUUUAUACUCUGAACAGUUAGAAAAAAAAUAUGAUAUAAAUAAUUUGACUAAAGGGCUGUGAAUUUAAUGCGCGCACCACACAUAUACUCUCUCACUCUCUAUCUCUCUCUCUCUCUCUUUCUCAAUCUUAUACACGCAUUACAUUAAAAAAAAAAAAAUUAAUAAUAAUUUAAAAUCUUAAAAAAAAAAACAGUUAAAAUCUGCCACCUCCAUAAAAAAAUAAGAUUAAAAGACAGUGAUAAUCUUAAGAAGACGUGAUACCACUCAUAAUUCCACUGUAAAAACCGUUUUUCACAGUUUGUGUCGUAGCGUCACAUUUAUUUUGGUAGCGCUGCUCGAUAAUUUGUAAUCAGUAAAUUUAUAUAUAUAAAAAAAUUAAAACUGAAAUAUUAAACAAUCAGAUAACUUUAAUUGUAUUUAUGUAAAGAAAAAAAAUGUCCUAUGGCACAGAUAAAGUUCUUGUUCUUAAUGUGUCUGUCCCAGGUGAAACGAUUUUUCCAUAAAUAUUUUAGUUUAAAUAAAAAAAAAAAAGACAUGCGAUAAAAACACAGCACUAUAUUUGAAUAUUCGUUUGAUUGCGAAUUCGAAUAUUUCUGAGUUGAUAAAUUCAAAUUUGUCAAAAAUUUUUCAAAGAUUGACUAUCCUCUCCGACCGCAAAGCGGACCCUACUAGACCUGCAGUACAGACUGCAGCAUUUCCCAAAGUUUGCGCCGUGGCGUCCUAGGGCACCACGUAAUCAUUUUGAAUAUUUACUGGUCUAAAAAUAAAUUUAAACUCAAAUGACAGCGGAGGUCGGCGUCUUUUUUUUUUUGGAUUUUUUUCGGUUAGUAAAAAUUAUCCGAAUUAUUCGCACUGUACCUUGAAAUACACGCUAGUACUUCAUUAAAAAAAAUUUCUAGAUUCCCAAUAAUUUUUCUCUAAAAUUAAAAAUGUAACUGAUAAUAGUAAAUUGUUAACACGUAUCAGUUUUAUUUACCUUGGUUACCAUUAUUGGCUAUACAACGGGAUAAACACUGAGACUAAUUCUACUCCGAUUAGUAUAAGUUUUGACUGCAAUGCAAUAAAUUGCAAAGACGUCUUGAUAAAACCUUUGUUCAAAAUUAGAGCCAUGAGCCGAAAAAGUUUGGGAGUAUUGCUCUACUGUUUAAAUUUUACAAACUCACGACAACAAAUUUGCAACAAAAUUUUGUUCGGUUAUUCUAAACAUUAGAGUUAAUUAAUGUAUUACCAUACUCAAAGAUUAGAAUAUAAGUUGUGUGCCCUCACGUCGGUGUUUUUUUAGGUAUUUACAUUUUUAAGUGAAAUUCGUGUAUGUAAAAUAUCACGAUUGAAAAGGGCUUGUAUCUCAUUUAAAAAAUUAAAGGAUAGAAAAACCACUGAAACAGGGUCACUAAUAAUAUGCUGGUCUUUAAUUUUGGUGAUUGAUGUAGAUCAGUAUAAUAUCUAUACAAAUGGCACAACAUUUGGUUCUGAUGUGACACGAACCCAGUGGUGUGGCGUUUAAAAAUAUAUCUUACCGAAUCGAUUAACCGUGUAUUUUUCAAAAUCAUCAAAAAAAAAACUUUUAUAAUGAUAUUGUUGAUAUUUUGCGUUGACAUUUUUUUUUUUUUAAACAAACGAAUGUGGUACAAUACGAUGUACAAUAGGUAUUAUUAAUAGGUUACAGCCAGGAAUCUUCGUCGGGCGUACAUAAUCUGAAAAUAUUAAUCGUUUUUUUCAUAAUAUGUUUAUGAUAUUAUGACCUGGCCAUUAGAACGGAAUUAUUAAUUUUUACACGUCGAGCCUAAUCGAGCGUUACGCAAUUAAUUAUGUAUAGAACGGCGAUUUUCAAAAUACAGCGGCAAAUAUUCCAUGAAUAAUACUAUUAUUGUUCGACGUAAUGUUUUAUUUUUAUUAAUAUGGAAAAAAAACUUAAAAAUUAAAAAACAUCCGUCAUUUCAAUCAAUGUCGCGAACAUGGGUUGCGGGGCAUAUUUUUAAUAAUGAUAAUACGAUGCGCGGUUGUUGUUGUUGCUAUUGUUUUGUUUGCCGUUUGACAUUAGGCCACGGUGUUCGGUAUCUCUUGUACCUAUGUAUGUUUUUGUUUACACUUGCAUUUGUAUUUUAUUUUAUUCCGUUUAUCUCAUUUAUGCACGGUUGUUUACAAGAACAAACAACAGUGUUCGGUCAAGUUUUGCCGCACAAAUCAAAUUUCAAUGCGGAUACGUGAUUACCAGCUAAUAAUAUAGGUUAUCAUGGCCGUAAUUUCAGUUUUUUAAUAGGAACGUAAACAUCAGGCCAAUUUUGCCUUUCAUUUAUGUAUAUAUAUAUUAUCCUGUUCAUUUCGCGGAACUCAAAAAAAUGUUCUGCUCGCUUCGCUCAGUCGUAUUCAUGUUGUUCUCACUUUACAUUUUAAUAUUCAAAUUAUAUUGUAGAGAAAUAUUUCUCUGAAAAAAUAAUUGAGAAACUAAAUUUAAAUAUCAUUUAUCUAUUUAUUGUCAAUUUGUUUUUUUGUUACAAAACUGCAAAUUGCAUAGAUACUACACUACAGCCAUAGUUUAUUUUUUCAUGUUUCGUGAAAUAACUCGCUGCACCAUGAUUUAAUCCACCGGUUCGAAGCACGCUGUUAUCUUAGUGCCAUGUUAUAGCAAUAAUAUUUACGACUUAACAAUUAACUGUGGUCGUCAGUGUCUCAUUUUCACAUUGCAGUCAGCCAGACAGCAGUAAGUAUUGGGCGGUGAUUCGAUUACCUUUUGUGUUUCACAUUUUAUCAACGACAACGAUAAAAAAUAUAACGCUGUCAAAGUGUCGUCUGUAUCUCUCAAAUGACAUACUUGUAGAUAAUAUUAUAACAGCAAUAGAUAUGCGUUUAGCUACAAUAAAACGGUUAUUUUAAUUCCGAGUGAAGCGUAGUUUUACUAAAACAUGUCAUGUUUUUUGCUAACUUUUCCAGUUAGUGAAAAUGUUUAGAUAUUUUUCAGGCUGUACUUUGUAAGAUCCGGAAUUUUCUCCCGGCGGUUUUUGAUAUGAAAUAUUUGUAUUGGACAUUUUGAACUGUUCAUCCCACCGUUUUUUCUCGGGAAACACUUUAAUCAAUUAACUGCAAAUGACGAUACAUCGGUUUUUUUUCGUCGAUUUCUGAGUUACUUUGGCUACACGGGGGAAAACACGACUAAUAUUUUCAAUCGUCUUAUCCGUUCACCGAGCUAUUCUCUUUAUCGUUUUUGAAAUGCAUUAACUCAAUGAUUUAUUGCUGUUUUCGAUGUAUAAACCAAAUUACUUAUAUCUUAUAAUUGCCUUUAAACGUUUCAUCUUCUUCUUUUUCGAUAUUUAAGUCAAAAAUUGUUUGAGGCAUUUUUAUAGUUUUUAAAUUUGGGUUUUAAAAAUAAUGAAUUGAUACUCGUAUUAGUAUAUAGCGUAACAUUACGUAAUACUACGUACUGCACAGUUAAAAAUCCCUAAAAUAUUAAAAAAGUUAAAAAAAAAAAAAUAGAAAUAGAAAUAAAUAAAUAUUUUGAAUACGCGGAAAAAUAAACUGAAAACCGGAAUUAAUCCGGAAUCCUUAAUUUUUAGGGGGAACAGGUAAAAAUAGGUGAUAACAAGUUCUGUGUGUAUAAUGAUUGUAUCUUUGAGGGUAGCGGUUUCUCGUUAAUCAGUACUAAAACAAAUAAUAGUUAACGGUUAUAAUAUUCGAAUACCUAACAUGUGUGAUUUUGGUUCGUUAAUUAUGCAAAUUUGUUUCGACAGUUGCAUGUAUACAGUUAGCUGAACUACCUGUCGAGUAUUCAUAACACAUAAGGUCGUCAAUGUGAUAAAUACAGGCUUCACGUUUAGAAUAUAAAAAGUAUACAUAUACCCACAUAUUAUGAAAUACAUACACAAUUCAAAAAAUGAAGAUUCCUGGAGGUUUAAUGGUUGUGUGUAUUUAUGACACUUUAAAAUCAUUUUUCUUGACGUGCAAAUGAGGGUUUUUUUUUUAUAUACCAACUCGAUUAUAAUUUUAUUUUACUUUUUAUUUGGGCGCAGAUUUCCAAUUUUGAAAAAUUUAAAAAGUUUUUUAUCUUUUUAGUAACCACCUUUACGAUACGAAUUUUCUAUUAUUCAACUGCCCGAUAUCUGUUUAACGGGAAAAUGAACAAUCUUUUUUACAAGAUUUCAGAUCAAUAGGUCGAAGUCAAAUUUAUCUCUUAUCGCUCACCAAAUUUUAAAUUUGAAAACAUAUUGAAAAUUUUUGAUUUCAUGUUUAUGUUUUGUAGGAAACAUUUAUUUGUUUUUUAUUAAGUUAAUUUAGUUCAAGUACAUAAAAUUACCAUUUUUUCACAAAAUAUUUUUGUAUUGAAGUGUCAAAAAUAAAAUAACAAAAAAAAAAUAAAAAAAUAAAAUAAAAAAUAAAUAAAUAAAUACUUUUUAUACACAACAUAUAAAAGUAAACGAAGUCAAAUUAUUUUUAAAAACAAAUAUUAGACUACUUACCGAAAGUGUGUUUAUUUUACUAUAGUUUAACAGUCUUAAUAUAUGAAAAAAACUAAUCGUUUUCAAUCGUCUUAAUGCGCAAUACAUUUUGCAAAAAUAUUUUGGUCAGUAACCACUGAUUGAUUGAUUAUAUAUAUUGAUAAUAUAUAUUAUUAUUAUUAUUAUAUUAAUUAUACUGUCGACGGAAGUCGCUACUUACUACAAAGACGUUUAAGCAAAUUUGAAAUAGCUAAUUAUAGCUAGCUGUGAAAUUUAAUUUUGAAUCUGUCGACUGAAGUUUGUGUUUCGGGUAAUGACGGUGACACAGUUUAGAGUCCCGAUCAACAUAAUAAACAAUAUGAUUUAUUAAGAAGUAGAUAUUUAUGGACAUUUGUAUGGGUUAAAUUGUUUCGUUAUAGCACUGAAUUUUGUCAACAUUACAGGCGUUUUUUAGUAUUUCAUUGAAUUUAUUUUUGGGUUCAUACAAUUCAUUUUACCACACAACAAAAAAUCCCCGAAUCCCAUUUGAAUGUACUUUUUUUUAAAAUAUCAAUUAAUUAAUUUAUGGUUUUACUACUAUAUUGAUUAUAAUACAGUGGCGUAUAUAGGAUUUUUACAAGGGGGAAAUUAUUGUAUUCGGGUAUUUAAAAACAUGUACUCAGGCUAAAAAAAAAAAAAAAAAAAAAUGAUAAAUUAAAAACAAUGAUUAUUAAUUUAUGUAUUUUUGUAAGUAAUUUAAAAUUCAAUCUAAAAUUAAUAUUUGAAUCAAAUACUCGUAACUAAGUAUUCCUUAGGUGGGUAAUUUUUAUUAUUUAUGUAUUUACUAUUCAAUAUCCUAUUAAAUCUAACCUUCUUCAUAUUAUAGUGGGGCGGAUAUCGGUUUCGUUUUGAAAAAGAAAAUAAAUACAUAAAUAAAAUAAAUAGAAUUUUUUAAUACGCAUAUCAACUGUAUAUUGUACCAUUGUACCAAUAAGAAAUUUGAUCUUAAAAUUAGGUAUAGUCAUAUAAAUAAUAGAUAUUAAAAAAAGAUCAGGGGGAGAUAUAUCUUUCUACCCCUCUCUUUAAAUACGCCACUGUCAUACUAUGAUAUUUAUUACGGGAUUGUUUCGUCAAUGGCGAUCAAUUAAUAGUAUUAUUGUUUUCGUUUCAGGUGGAAGUGAACGUUCGUUGUCUGGAGGGCGUGAGGAAACUGGUGUUUAAAUCCGCGCUGAGCUGUUCGUGUUACCAUUGCAAGAAAGAAUGAAGUAUUUUUUCCAGUCGCAAACUACACCAUAACUACACUACGGAAACGCAAACUAUUUACGAUUAGAAUUUUUAAACGUUGGCAAAAUGCCUAUACCGUUGUACUACUCUAUACAUCAUAUUAUUACUACUAUUAUAGUUAACUUCACCGUAACCUUCGUUUUACCGUAUUAUUAUUAUAAUAUCAUUAUACUUUUGUUGUACAGUUCGAAUCUGUGUAUCGCCAGAAAGCAUAUAUAACACAUAAUAUUAUAUUAUUGUUGGUUGUAAGUACAUUAUUUUUUUAGUAUUGAUCGUGUAGUACUGGAUCAUAUUAUUGUAAUGCGUAUUAUUAUUAUCAUCAUUAAAACCGUCGUCGAUUGCAUAAUAAUAUUAAUAAUAUUACACUGUUGG